CUUGCUGAGUGGUUAGCUGAGGCUAUAGAGGGCGCCGAAUGCCUGCCUAGGCCCGAGGAGAGCGCUGAUUGGCUUGCUGUAACUGAGGAGCGCGCCGAUUGGCUGGCUGUGACUGUGGAGCGCGCCGAUUGGCUGGCUGUGACUGUGGAGCGCGCCGAUUGGCUGGCUGUGUCUGUCACCCACUCAGGCCGGCGCAUGGUGAGCUCGGCACACAAUAGGGGAGGAUCCGGCAGCGCUGCUCUCACUUCCCUCUCCCGCCAGCCCCGGUGUCAGCAGCCCGCCAGUCCGAGCUGCCCUCACCGUGUGCCGGAGGGCGCGUUUCACAGCUCGCGGGUGCCCGGUGUGUGUGUUUCCCGGUCAGUGUGUGUUUCCCGGUCAGUGUUUCCCGGUGAGGAUGCAGCCGGUGUCCCGGGGGUGCUGUUUGUAGUGUGGGCCGCUCUCCGUGUCCCGGUGUCAGCGCUGAGUGUCCGGCAGUGAGGACGAGGACAUGCCGCUACUGCACAGGAAACCCUUCAUCCGGCAACGGCCGCCCCCCGACCUGCAGCCCACCGAGCGCCUCUUCUACUGCCGGGUCACCAACGAGAUCUUCAGGGACUACGAGUAAGAUCACCCUCAGCCAGCUCUGCCCCCCAUCUCUGUCACCCUCAGCCAGCUCUGUCACCCUCAGCCAGCUCUGCCCCCCAUCUCUGUCACCCUCAGCCAGCUCUGUCACCCUCAGCCAGCUCUGCCCUCAGCCGUACCCCCCCUCGUAGCUCUGCCCCCCUCAGCCAGCUCUGCCCCCUCAGCCAGCUCUGCCCCCCUCAGCCAGCUCACCACGCCCCUCAGCCAGCUCUGCCCCCUCAGCCAGCUCUGCCCCCCUCAGCCCGGCUCUGUCACCCUCAGCCAGCUCUGUCACCCUCAGCCAGCUCUGUCACCCUCAGCCAGCUCUGCCCCAUCUCUGUCACCCUCAGCCAGCUCUGUCGCCCUCAGCAGCCAGCUCUGUCACCCUCAGCCAGCUCUGUCACCCCCUCAGCCAGCUCUGUCACCCCUCAGCCAGCUCUGUCACCUCAGCCAGCUCUGCCCCCCAUCUCUGUCACCCUCAGCCAGCUCUGCCCCCAUCUCUGUCACCUCAGCCAGCUCUGUCACCCUCAGCCAGCUCUGCCCCCAUCUCCUAUCACCCUCAGCCCCGGCUCUGUCCCCUCCCAGCCAGCUCUGUCCCCAUCUCUAUCACCCUCAGCCCGGCUCUGUCCCCCAUCUCUAUCACCCUCAGCCGGCUCUGUCCCCCAUCUCUAUCACCCUCAGCCGGCUCUGUCCCCCAUCUCUAUCACCCUCAGCCGGCUCUGCCGCCCUCAGCCAGCUCUGUCAAUCCCCCAUCUCUGUCCUUCUCAGCACUCCCCUCCCCAAACUCUGUCCUCCUCAGCACCCCCCCUCCCCAAACUCUGUCCUCCCAGCACCCCCCCUCCCCAAACUCUGUCCUCCUCAGCACCCCCCACCCAAACUCUGACCAGUCCUCUCUGUAAACCUCACCUCAUCCACAUCUCUAUCCACAUGGUCCUCCACUUUAUAAACAGUAGAAGUUCCAGUGAUGGACAGUUAUGACAACUCCAGAUGUUUCUGAGCUGCAUUGCAGACAGAGCAUCCUCGGUAAUACAGUAACAUCUGGACUAGGACAUUGUUUAAUGUGUAUCUCUCAAAAUACUGAGACAGACCCUGGUGGCUGAACAAGACACGGAACCCCAUACACUCUUUUUUUUAAAUAUUUAGCAUUUUCUUUUCUGUAAUCCAUAAGAUAUUCACUGGUUUCCAAAUAACCUACUUGCCAGCCAAGCUUUAAGUCAGUUGCUAAAAUUUGAAAUGCUGUAGUUUUGUAGUCGGUAAAAUUCAACCAUAUCUGUCUUGUUAUAAAUCUUAGACAAGUUUCCAUGAUGCUCAUUUAGUCCUUAUGGUUUCAUAAUAUACUCCACACAUGCUGGAAUUCAAGAACUUGGUGAUGAUUGUAAUACAAUAUAAGGAUAUAAUUCAUUGCAAGGCCAUUCACUAUCGGUAACAUCCACAACUUCUAUUAUUCUUUUCUCUUACACACGGGAUUCCUUUGUUGUCCAAAGUAAGACAACUGCCAUAAUAGCUAUAAUACAACGUACUCCGUUAUAUUGUAAAUAAUAAAGGAUGGCCAGUUUCACAUGAUCCUUUUUCCGUCAGUGCAAAUGGGUUAUAAGUACGUCCAUGAAAGUUCUUGAUAAGAUUGUCUGUAUCUUGCCCAUAUGCUUUUAUUUAUUUAUUUUUUCCAUCUGUUCAUAUUCACAGACCUUCCUUUCAACAUAUAUUCUUGUUGAUUUAUUUUAAGUGUUUUCUUUAUACAGCACUACCCCAUGUCCUGUUGUGUACUAGCUAAAAUUAUUUUUCUGAGUUUAGCCUCUGUUAAAGUUAACAAUAGAUCUAUAGAAAGCCAAUGUAUUUGUCGCUUUUUGACCCCUAGACGAGAAGCAGAGUUUAGUUUGAAAGCACACGCGACACACAGAAAAGACAUGUGGUUGAUCACUCUUUUGUUUUGGAACUCUUGUUCGUUCUUGUUUUACGUUCGUCUUCAGACUAUAACUAUUUAAUCUCACUGUGAGUUGGAAGAAAAUUUCUGCCUGGUUGUAUGUGUUUAAAAUAUUUCAGUCAUUUUGUUAUUUCACAGUUCAUCUUUCUUUCUUUUUUACCCUAUUUCUUUCUUCUCUUUUGUGUUCAACUGCUUUUGUUUGAGCUUGAAAAAAAAGACCUCCUUUCCCGUCUGCCGUUUCUUUAACUAAAAAAAACGUGCAAUGCAUGUUUCUGCCUCUAAAGAGGGAGCAUCAGACAGGACACAGUGAAAAUCUUGACUAUAACUAGUUUAUUUUCUUGGUCUGUGUUUAGUAAUGAUUGUUGUGUGUUAUGUCUGUGUGCAUGUGAGUGCUGUUUAUUUUGUGUGUUUAAAGAGGGUCUUAUUAACAUUCAGGUAGACCUAGCUGUGUGUUUUGUGAUCUCUGACUAGUAAGUGUAAGCAACAUGGUUCAGCUUUGAUUAACCUCCUCACUCAGCCCAGUGUUGUGUGCUUUGCAGUUGUACAUAUAUAUUAACACAUGCUCCAACCUGUUGAUGUGAACCUCCUCUAUUAUUGCACUUCAAAUUAUUUUUAGUUUAGUUAUAAGUUAGAAAUUGGGAGUACUAGCCAGUUCAUAUGGGACGUGUUAAUACUUGUUCAUAUUUACUUUUUUGCUUAAGACAGAGAAUGGCGUUUUGUUAUAACAAAAUUUGCACCUGUUGCUUGUUUAUUAUGAGUGUGCUUUGAGAUGGGAUAAGAAGUCUGGAGACAUUUCUAUAGAUACUGGGCACCAAGGCCAAAACAUAGAGAGAGGUAGGUAGGUAGCAGCGUACCUGAGCUGUAGGUGCUAUUCAGGUAAUAGAUUGGUAGAAGUACUUGCGGUUAAUGCCCUCACAUGUAGGAAGCAGUUUCUGUUUCUGCACUGUCAAUUGACAAGUUAUCACCAGGUCCCAUUUAUGUGUUGCCAUGGCUACCUGCCCCUCAGAUAUGUAGAUCUCUGUUGGGUGGUGACUUGAUUUUUUUUUAUUUUAUUUUUUAUUUUUUUUAUAGCAAUAUUCUUGUUUAGCUAUGUUUCACCCCUGCCCCUUGUAACACCAAAAUUAUUUCCCACGAGUUAACUGUAUCCUUUCUUACUUCCUGUGAUGCUGCCAUGUCAGAGAUGAGCACAACUUUAAAAGGAUAUAAAAUUCAUCUGUUUUUAUUCUAUCUGUCAUGUGGGUUAUUACAUCAAUAAAACUUCCAUGUGUCGGUAUUUAUUUUUAAACUAUGAAUGUUAGUAGGGGUCAUCAUUCCAGGAAUGAUGGAAAUAGGAAAAUUAGUGAUAACCAUUUCUUAAUGCAUUAUAAAGAUAAUGUGUACAUAAAAUAAGAUGUCCAUUAGUUAAUGCAGAUGCUGAAGAGAUCAAAAAGUCGAUACAUUUUCUCAGCCAAUCCCAGGGCCCCGUUUUUUAUUUAUUAAAGUCUUUAUGGGACAAAGCCUCCAUGCAGCAAUGUAAAAGCUCUUUCACACACAUCUAACUAACCAAUCUAUAUGUUGCUCUUUCAUGUGUGAAGCUAAAAACUGAGAGAAUAGUUCUAAUUUCCAAGUUUCACGCAACUAGCUAUUUGUGCUGUUCUAAAAGGUUUAAAAAAAAAAAGUAAAACUCAUCUGAAUAUCUCUGUUUCUCUGUCUAGUCUCUAUAUCUUCCAUAUAAAUUUACCUCUGCAUCUCCCUGGGUGAUAUUGGCAGAGUCCAGAAAUGUCUAAAGCCUCUGUGCUUGACUGUCUGUCAGGAGUGGCUGUUUGCUGGGAUAAUCUAAACAAGUACAGUCUGGUAAGAUUACACCUUACCAGGCUUUGGUAAUACCGGUGUCCAGAAAUGUUGAUAUAGGACUGAUACUAAGGCGAAAGAAUAAUUUUGUAUGGAGCACUGGCUCAAAUGAGGCAAUCUAUAGCUUCACUUAUGGACUAGUGGUAUAAUAGGUGACAGCCAAAUGCACAUGACUUCCAUCACACACUUGCGCACACAACUCUUACAUAGUAGAGGUAGAUAGGAAGAGACCAUGGAAAUGUAUUUAACUGAAAUGGGAACUGUUUAAACGGCAUUUAUUGCAGAUUUACUCUUGAACUUUUCUGCAUUCAAAUUGUCACAUAAAUGAAAAAUCCAAGAUUCCUUGUUCAUGUAAGCUCGUUUAAGCAGGGUCCUCCUCUUCCUAUUAUUCCUGUAUCAUUUUGUAAAUCUCAUUUAUUGUUAAAUUUGCCCCCCCUGUUCAUAAUAUUGUAAAGCGCUGCGGAAUAAGUUGGCGCUAUAUAAAUACCAAUAAUAAUGUUUUGUUUGUUUUUUCCAUGCAGUGAGUUUUUUGAGCGCACUAUCUUAUGCAACAGCCUGGUUUGGAGCUGCUCCCUUACUGGAAAAAGCGAACUUACAUAUCCAGAAGCACUUGAAUCGGAAAAGAAAAUUAGACAAAGCUUGCAGACUUUCCCUCAACCCUUAAUCGUACCCAUCUUACAUCUCGCUUCGCUUUCCCGCCACCACCGUGUAACAGACUUGUGUGAAGACACCUUUGGAUAUGUUAAAAACAGAUUCUUUGUUGGUGAAACUGUGAAUGUCGUGAGAAAUAGCGGUGCAAGGUAAAUCUUGUAGUUUAAAUAAAGGCCAGGUCUAGGUUUUUCUUGCUGAACUACAUCUUCCAUCAUGCACUGCUGUGAGAACUGAACACCUUGAAGAGUAUGAAGUGUCAGCCAGUGUUAAAUCCUUUUGCAUACCUAGAUUUUCUGUAUAUUUAUAAUGUUGUGCAUGUGUGAAACCUGUAAUUACUACUGCAUUAUGUGGGUUUUUUUUUUUUAAAUUUGUUUUUUAGGGUGUGUUUCACUUUUCUGGAAUUUUACAUUAUGGAAUAAAACAAUGAAAAUCCCCUAUAUCUUGUGUUAAAGGGAAACUAGAGUUCUAGGAAUACAAAAUUGUUUCUGCAGAAAGGGUUAAAAACCCCUUUAGUCACUUACCUGAAUCCAGUGCUGAUGUGCCUCGGCACUGGGUAAGGCUCUGCUCCUCCGUUGAUGUCGGACCUAAUGCACAGCACCACACUCACAUUGGGGCUUUUUCAUAUGGGGUUUUAGCUGACGCAGAAGAGUGAGCAUGUCCAGCGUCUAACCACCCGGAGCGUCUCUACUGGCUGUCUGGUAGACAGCUACUAGAAGUGAAGUUAACCCUGCAAUGUAAUUAUUGCUGUUUCUCCAUAACUGCAAUAAUUACAAUUGCAAGGUUAAACUGACAGGGACAGUGCAUCCAGACCACUAAAAUGAGCUGAAGUGGUCUGGGUGCCUAUAGAGUCUCUUUAACCCUCCCCUCUUCCCCAUGAAAUGCUCUGGUUUGUCUAUUAAAGGAACACUAUAUGGUCAGUAAUACAAACAUGUAUUCCUAACCCUAUAGUGUUAAAAACACAAUCUUACUUUUAUUGCAGUUUGCAGCUGCUGGCUCUGCUCCUGGUCUGCCUGCUUGGCUGACAUCAGAAGUUGUCUGAGCCAAUCACAAUGGAAUGGCUGAGACUGUCAAGGAGGCAGAACCAGCACAAGCCAACACAGCCCUGGCCAAUCAGCAUCUCCUUGUAUAGAUACAUUUAAUCAAUGCAUCUCUAUGAGGAAAGUUCAGUGUCUCCAUGCACAUUGUGCAGCACUACCCCAGGAAGAAUCUCUUAUAGCCAUCUGAGGAGUUGCCAGUGAAGUUAUCCCUAGGCUGUAAUGUAAACACUGCAUUUUCUCUGAAAAGACAGUGUUUACUGCAAAAAGCCUGAAGGGGCUGAUUAUACUCACCAGAACAAAUACAAUAAGCUGUAAUUGUUGUGGUGACUUUAGUGUUACUUUAAAUAUUUAGCACAUUAUAUCAUCAUCCAGUUUAGACAAGGCAACGCCAGGGAAAACACUGCAAAUGAAAAGGAGAACUAGAAACAUUACAAUUCUGUUCUCUUGGUGCUUUCCCUGUACUGUCUGCCAAUUAAAAAGCAGAGUUUAUAAGAUGUAGGCACCCAGCUGCAUGAACAAAAUAUGGAUGUCUAUAUGUAAUUUUAUUUUUCACACAUCAGAAGUACAUAAUUGUUAAACAUUCCAUUCUUUUUAUAUCAGUUUUUGUUGUUGUUGUUUUUUUCACUUUUUAUUCUUUAUCAUCCACGUCCUCCUGUUAUCAUUCAUUGGUGCACAGUGUUAAACGGUGUGCUGGGAGCUUUCACCUACCUCCUAGCUUAGGGAGUGCUCACUGCAGAAAUUGCUCAUCUUUAUUAUUUAGUCUUCAUAGAUAAUUAUUUUUAAUGUGUAAUCUUUCAAAAGCUACCUUCUGUUACGUCGGAGGUCCCAUUGUGAAUUAGACAAAUCUAAUUAGUCUGAAAUCAGAAAUUAUGCUUUGAAGAAUAAGUCAAAAGCUUUAUUUUCCUCUGAAAUUCAGAAUGUUAAGAAAUAAAAGCUAAAACAAUGAGGUGUGAUGUAAAAAGUAUUAGUUGUCAGUGCUUUGCUUUUGAAUGUAUGAUUUCUAGCAGUGCCUACAUGUACCGACUUGCCUAUAACCAGAGUAGAUUCUUACUUGUUCUUUCAAUCAUUAUUUGUCAGAUUGGAGUGCAAAGUUCUGGAAGUUAAACUACCUCCACUGCAAAAUGGAAUUGCAAAUGGCCACAGCACCCACAAUGAAGACACCAUCGUCAUCAGUGAUAGCGAUGAUGAGUCUUCUAAAGCUUCUCCGCAGAAUGGGUAAGUGAAAUCAAUUGAGGGAAAAAACCUCUUUGAACAGAUUUUGUUUCUAUUAACAAUAGACUGAGAAACGAUUUUAGAAUUUGGAAGGUAUGUCACCCAGUAAACCCCCUUAAACUAUUAGAACCGGGUAUUUUAAAGAUGACUUUAUUUAUCUCUUUUAUUUAUUUAUUUUUUUUAGGACUAAAAAAGAGCCUAUAGAUCCUUCUUUGCUGAAGUACAAGGUUAAACCUAUUAAAAAGGAGUUAUAUGAAUCUGUUACUGUCAAGUCAUCUCAACUCAGGUAUGUGGUGUUUUUUGGAGGGGGGGGGGUGUGGUUUUUUUUUUUGUAAAUGAACUUUGUUUGGGUAAAUAGUCUAGAAUGGAAAAGGUCAGUUUAUCUUUUCACACUGCUGUUCGUCCAAAAGUAAAUGACAAAACUAAAUGUAAAGCAGUUUUCCUACAAUAUUGGGAGAAAACAAUACUUCCAGCCAAACAGGCUCUCAGAUUCCUACUUGGAUCAACAAACUAUUCUUGAAUAUGCCAUUUCUCAGACUCUGCACAGAACCUGGCUGAACAGCAAAUACAACUUCAUUAGGCAGAUAAAUUCAAAUUUGUAUUGUUCUUAUUGUGGAGGGAAAACCACUAUUUUCUCAAGUUUAUAUCAGUCAACUUCUUGACCUUUCUAUGGUUCUACCAAAGAAGAGAUUCAUAUAGAUGGUUGUUCGUAUUGGACCUGUGUAUAUUUGUAUGUUAUCAUAUCCUUUCUGAGGUUUAUUUUUUGAUUUGUGGUUAUGUUUUUGUUUUCCCCUUUAAUAAACAAGUUCAACUUUUCUACUCUUUAUUCAUAAAGUGUUCCAUUACUGUUAACAAUUUCUUGACCUACUUCUGCAUUUUCAAAAAAAACAUUUGCUCCAUAAUAUACUUCUUUAAAAUGGAUUCAUUUAUAAGAGGUGAAAUUACUGUCUGUUCUUGUCAAUACCCAAUUUAUUUAUUUAUUUAUUUAUUUAUUUAUUGCAGUAAAGUAUUACUGACCUAGGCAACUGCUUAAUGACAUGGCACGUUUUUGCCAAGUUUGUUCACAAAUUCAUUUCACAGCAUUCAUAUUGUGCAGAUCACUUUUCCCUUCCCAUACUAAAUAAUUGUAUUGUUAAAGUGCAUUUUGCAAUUUGCUUUUAUUGGUUCAACCAUUCGUCCUUUGAUUUUUACAAUAUAUAAAAUAAGGCAUUGUUAUACAACUGGUUACAUUGCUGCAGGCAAAACUGCAACUGCAGUAUGUGUUUUUGUUUAAUUGUAUAAUAGAGCUUGUCUAUAUUGACAAACAGGAGUCAACCUCCAGCUCUUCAGCUGUGACUUUUAAUGCGUUUGUUGGGAAAAGGGUCUAUCUAAAAAUAAAAAUGACGCUUCAAAAAAUAUAAUCCAGAGUAAAAAUUACAUAAACCAUCUAACACAAUGACUGUAGUUCUUUGAAAUGAAGAGGUUACCUGGUGAGAUUUAUAUGCCUGUGCUAGUGUGAAUGGUCACACUUGCAGUUACCAAUAAUGUGUCCCAAUAGAACAACCACAAUAAACAAAUUGAAAUGUCUGGAAAGACAAAUUCUCUGGAACUCCUUGUUGAUGUCACUGAGCAAAUCUUGCAGAGUUGAACUUGAAGAAUAAUAAUGCCUUGUGUUAAGGUGGCAGUGAGCUAAUCACAGCGGAAUACAGGGACAUAAAUGCCCAAAUCAUCAAGAAACAAUAUAUUUUGUUCAGGGAGGAAGUCUGGUGACUCAGGGAGAUCUCUGGAUAGUCUCUUUAUUUUGUUUAAAAAAAAAAAAAAAGCUCAUUGUUGAAAAAAAUAUUUUAAUACACCAUUCACACUUCCAUCAUCAGACUCUGCUACAAAGGAAGAAAAAUUUAUCUAGAAUGUCGGCUAGUUUCACAACUGGUUUCUUAUUUUUUUAUAUUGACAUCAAUACAUUUAUAUACUACUAACGUGAUUGCACUCUUUUUUAAUUAUAUUUAUUUCAGGCCAUAUUUACCUGAUAACUGCAAAACUCUCUGCACCCAGCUAAAAUCGCAAUCCGAUAGAGUAUCUGUAGGAUGUGCUGGAACAACUAAUCUUAACCAUGAGGCCCACUUUGCAUCUCACAGGAUUUAAAGGGUCUGAUGUUAAUGUCUGGAUGCCAGAAAACACAGGACACAUUCAGGGUUCUUGUGGAGUUCAAGCCUUAACACAGGCUUCCCCAAACUCCGGCCCUCCAGAUGUUGCUGAACUACAACUCCCAUGAUUCUUUGAAUGAAGUAGGCUGAGAAUCAUGGGAGUUGUAGGGCUGGAGUUUGGGGAAGCCUGCCUUAACACAUCAGAGCUGUUUUGGCAGCACAAGUGGGUCCUCCAUUAUAUUGGGCUGAUGGUUUUAAUGUUGUGGUUGAUCAGUGUAAUAAUGUAAAAUACAUUUCAUAAGUGACAUUUAUGUUGACUUCAUUGCAUGCCCAUUACUUUUUUUUUUUUUUCUCUGCUUUUCUGUAGUCGAACACCAUCUCUGUUUUCUCAAGAGCGAUUGAAACUUUUUCUGAAGCUGCAUUGUGAAUCACAGAAUGGAAUUAUAAAGCCUAAGGUAUUACCUUUAUUUAUGGCUGGUUACAUUUAUGAAUAUUUUAAAUUUGCAGUACUGACUGAAGGCUAUAUCAUGUGGGAAUAAUCCUCCAUGUUUUAUGUAAAUGUCCAAAAUGAUAUCUGCAUUUCCCAUCUUAAAACGGAUUUUGACAAUGGGGGACAAAAAGCCCAAUUGGUGGUCCAAUUUUGGAACGAAAACCACAGUUCUGGAAUUUAGUUAGUGCUCAGUACAGUGGCCAUCAACAUUCUCCUUGACCUCUUCCACUAUAUUUUGGUUACACCACGAUUGAGACUGUUCUUGGUGCUUUAAACAUUCUAUUUCCUCAAAUUCCGGAAUUUUCACCCUACCAACUUAAUGUUAUGACCCAUUCCAAUUUUAUUUAUUCUCCACUCCAAGCUAUUUCUAUGCUUGCCUUGCUCUGAGAUAUCAUCGCUAAUUGCAUGUAUGUCCACAUCAGAUUUCCAUUAAUAACGAGAGGAGGGUCUUAAAAAAAAAAAAAAAAAAAAAUGCUGAAAAUCUAGCAAUAAUUCUAUUACAGUUGGGUGUUUCUCUGGAGCUGAUUUAGAAUUUCAGAUUGCGGUCUAAAUUGGUGUGUUCUCUCCUCCCCCUUUUUUCCUAUUUGGAGUGAUAGCAUUUUCAAUAUUCUGAGAUUUUGUUCAGUAUUCCCAUAUGUAUCUGUAGGUAAAAUGCUACUUCAUUUAGUAUGUGUGUAAUUUUGUUUAUAAUAUUUUUUUUUUUUUUAGGCAAUUUCACUUACAAAGCAUGAAGUUUCAGAGAAAAACUUCUUUCAGUAUUUCCCAGACGACCCCCCAAGUUUUCAGCGCACUCCAACAAACAAAAUCCAAACUGGAAGACCCUCCACCAACAAACAUUUAAAAAGCGUGAGUUAAAUUUUUCAUAAAUAUUUCAUUCCAACUUUUUUUUUAUUUAUUUCUUUUUUUAAACUUUUUUUUUUCCUUUUUGGUUUUUUCUUUUUUUUGUUUUUUUUUUUUUUUUAGGCCAGUAAUUUGUCAAGGGAGAAAAAAAUGAAAGCUGCAAGAGAACAGGAGAGAAUUCUAAAGCACAAAAAUGAGUUGAAAGCCAUGGGUAAAAAAAUAUAUAUUUUAAAUCCUAUUUGCGUUAUAACAAUUGUUUGGCUUCUGGCUGGUCAUUUGUAAAUGUUCAGUUGAUGGAACAAGGUACUCUGGCACAGCAAUGCAAAAUUUAGUAUGGAUAAUUCCUUCUGCAUAUUCAAUUAUUUCCAAAAAGCGGGCAUCUUAAAAACAGAAGUUGGGUACCUAAGGUGCCCACUCUGUUAUCAAGCCUCCCAAAUACAAUCAAUGGAAAACUUAUUGUGUGUUGUGAAUUCUACUGCGCACAUCAGAGGUCAACCUUCUAGCAAGAAUCGUUUUAAAUCUAUGCUAAUUUUACUAUUUAACCAGCACAUUAGUUAUCUGAAGGGUCCUCUACUAUUCCAACACUGUGGAUAACCAAUCCAUUUUAAACCAUGUGAUACUUAAGUUUACCUAUUUGUUUAGAUUUGAGUAGGUCUGCCUGAUUCCUUUUUUAUAAGAAAAAUUAACCUGGACACCUGAUUUUCUUCGGUUCUUAACAGAAAUGGAAAAGGCUAGAAUGCGGAGGGAACGAGGAGAAAUGGAAAAAAACAAGGUUCGAGAAAGGCAAUGCAAAGACUGGGAAAGAGAAGAACAGAAAAAGAUGAUUGAGGAGGAAAGACUCAGGAGGAAAGAAGAAAUUGAGCGGAAUAAAUUAGAAAAAGAGAAGGUAAUGGAUGCAUCCACUUCUUCCAAAGGUCUCAUAAUGGAUCUGUUGUGUUUGUGGUUUUCAGAUUAUUAUUAUUAUUUUUUUUUUAUAUACAAUUAUUUUUCAUGUUUCCCAAUUGUUUGUUUUUGAUUUCUCAAGUUUUUACAUCAAAUUAUUAAAUAACGAUUGUGGAUGCUUGUCAUUUUACUUUUUAUCCACUGUAAACCUAACAUUUUUGAUUUGCUUUCUCUGUCUAUGAUUAUUUUUCAGCGAUAUUUGCCAGUAGUCAUUAAACAAAUCAGCAGACAUAAGACUUCCAAAAAUGUUUUUUUCCUUAAGUUUUUAAAUUUUAUUUAUUUUAAUGGAGUUUAUGGAAGCACUCAAGGCACUAGAACAACUAUGAUGCCAGGAGGUCCCUGCUGCAGGCCUACCAUUAGGGAUUAAACCGUUUAUGAUGGUCUUCUUUCCAGCGUUGUAUUGCUAUGCCUCGGACUACAGCGAGAGAAGUCUUCCUGCAGUUCCUCUAUGCUCCCUCGUGCUGUGUAAUGAUGCCCGGAGCCGGAAUAUGUCAUUCAGGCCCGGCAUCACUGCAGACAAGAGCUGCAGGAAGACUGAUCCCUCGCGCACAAGAAUAUCAGCCCCACUGGACCCCAAGGAAAGUCCACUCAGCUCUACCAGUGGUAGGGAGGCGGGGUGGAUUAAAAUUAAAAAUAUAAAUGUGUAUGUCUGUCAGAGAGUUUGUCUGUCAGAGAGUUUGUCUGUCAGAGAGUUUGUCUGUCAGAGAGUUUGUCUGUCAGAGAGUUUGUCUGUCAAAGUACCUUCCCCCCUCUGAUCACAUGAUUGGUGUUUUACUUUUGGGGGUAGGAGGGUUAGCAGGGAGCAAAUGUUGUUGUUUUUUUUGUUUUGUUUUUUUAUAAUUAUUAAUCAAUUAUUUGUCCCCACCUUUGGUGACGGAGGUGAGGACACAGCCAGCCCUGUUGGUCCGGUGGGGAGUUCUGUUCUCCUCUGGCUGCAGGCUCUGGUCUCCUGUCCUCCCGUGUAGGACAUAGUGUGGAGUGUUGCCACGGCAAUGAGCAGCCAGGUUGCAUGAGGAGCACUGUUCCUCAGGGUCCUCGCGCCGUCUCUCCCUUCUCUCGAACGGCCUUUGGGCUGUUAAAGGGAGCUCUUUGAUCUCCCCACUGGCCUGAGAGGGCCCACGGAAAGAAAACAGGACUGGCUCUCCAUUUGCCAGCUUCUUCCUUUCUUCGAUCUCCCCUGUCGGCCAGGCAGAUGUGUAUUGUGGGGCCCCCGGGCAACUGCUCAGCGUGCCCAUUUGGAAAAACUGCCCUGAGUCCCAUGGGGUGAGAGCUAUUAUGAAACACUGCCAGUACAAACCAUAUAUUAUGUUGAAAUAGAAAAUACGUGUUAUUGUAGCUAUAUGCUCAGAGGGACUCAAUGGGUGUGUGCGGCGUUUCUUUAAAUGUCACAGGUUUACAUUCUUCAGACAUCUUACUUUUUAAGGGAACUUCUGUUGUUUGUUCAUUUUAAUUUUCUACAGCUGUAAUUUGGGAUUGAGCUGCAACAAGGUACUUGGGUUUGUGUGAUUUAAAAAAAAAAAAAUUCUUUAACUUUUUUUUUUUUUUUUGGGAGUUGCUUAUUUUUUUUACUGUUCUCAUUGUUUGUUUGAUUCUGCCUUACAGUCCGUUACUAGUGACCUGUAAUACUAACUUCUGCUGAAUUCAAACCUUUAAAUACAUAUUCCUCUUCUAGGAAAGAGAGAAAAUCCGUGAGGAAAAGCGGAAAUAUGCAGAACAUCUGAAACUAUGGAGUAAGCCGCGGGAAGACAUGGAGUGUGAUGAUCUCAAGGUGCACAUUGCAUUUAUUUCUUUUUGCAGAGGCCACUAUUAAUUACUAAUUCAACUGGAUCACACUCCCUCUCCUAAUUAUAACAUUUCUUCCUUACUUAUAUAUUUUCAAGUACUUUUUAAUAAAAGAUUUAGUUUUUUAAUUAAAACAAUAUUAAGAAAGAAGUACUGGUUACAUGAUAUGGGUUUAGAGAAAACAAUAUAAAUGUUUGGUGGACUAUGAUUAACUUUGUGUCCACACACACUAUCGGAAUGAUCAAGAUUUUUUUAUUUUUUUAUUUCCUUUUCGGCCUUCUUAAACCAUUUGUGAUGUAGGAGCUGCCGCUGCCCACAUCUGUGAAGACUAGGAUCCCUCCUGAAUGUUUUGGUGAUGCUAUUAUGGUUUUAGAGUUCCUCCAUGCUUUUGGUGACCUGUUUGAUCUCGUAGACGAGUUUCCUGAUGGCAUGACCUUUGGUAUGUGUAUCUGUCUGUUGGUGUAACUGGCAUAUGUAAAAAAAUAAAUAACAAAUAAAUAGAAGUAAUUAUAUACAGGGAGUGCAGAAUUAUUAGGCAAAUGAGUAUUUUGACCACAUUAUCCUCUUUAUGCAUGUGGUCUUACUCCAAGCUAUAUAGGCUCGAAAGCCUACUACCAAUUAAGCAUAUUAGGUGAUGUGCAUCUCUGUAAUGAGAAGGGGUGUGGUCUAAUGACAUCAACACCCUAUAUCAGGUGUGCAUAAUUAUUAGGCAACUUCCUUUCCUUUGGCAAAAUGGGUCAAAAGAAGGACUUGACAGGCUCAGAAAAGUCAAAAAUAGUGAGAUAUCUUGCAGAGGGAUGCAGCACUCUUAAAAUUGCAAAGCUUCUGAAGCGUGAUCAUCGAACAAUCAAGCGUUUCAUUCAAAAUAGUCAACAGGGUCGCAAGAAGCGUGUGGAAAAACCAAGGCGCAAAAUAACUGCCCAUGAACUGAGAAAAGUCAAGCGUGCAGCUGCCACGAUGCCACUUGCCACCAGUUUGGCCAUAUUUCAGAGCUGCAACAUCACUGGAGUGCCCAAAAGCACAAGGUGUGCAAUACUCAGAGACAUGGCCAAGGUAAGAAAGGCUGAAAGACGACCACCACUGAACAAGACACACAAGCUGAAACGUCAAGACUGGGCCAAGAAAUAUCUCAAGACUGAUUUUUCUAAGGUUUUAUGGACUGAUGAAAUGAGAGUGAGUCUUGAUGGGCCAGAUGGAUGGGCCCGUGGCUGGAUUGGUAAAGGGCAGAGAGCUCCAGUCCGACUCAGACGCCAGCAAGGUGGAGGUGGAGUACUGGUUUGGGCUGGUAUCAUCAAAGAUGAGCUUGUGGGGCCUUUUCGGGUUGAGGAUGGAGUCAAGCUCAACUCCCAGUCCUACUGCCAGUUCCUGGAAGACACCUUCUUCAAGCAGUGGUACAGGAAGAAGUCUGCAUCCUUCAAGAAAAACAUGAUUUUCAUGCAGGACAAUGCUCCAUCACACGCGUCCAAGUACUCCACAGCGUGGCUGGCAAGAAAGGGUAUAAAAGAAGGAAAUCUAAUGACAUGGCCUCCUUGUUCACCUGAUCUGAACCCCAUUGAGAACCUGUGGUCCAUCAUCAAAUGUGAGAUUUACAAGGAGGGAAAACAGUACACCUCUCUGAACAGUGUCUGGGAGGCUGUGGUUGCUGCUGCACGCAAUGUUGAUGGUGAACAGAUCAAAACACUGACAGAAUCCAUGGAUGGCAGGCUUUUGAGUGUCCUUGCAAAGAAAGGUGGCUAUAUUGGUCACUGAUUUGUUUUUGUUUUGUUUUUGAAUGUCAGAAAUGUAUAUUUGUGAAUGUUGAGAUGUUAUAUUGGUUUCACUGGUAAUAAUAAAUAAUUGAAAUGGGUAUAUAUUUGUUUUUUGUUAAGUUGCCUAAUAAUUAUGCACAGUAAUAGUCACCUGCACACACAGAUAUCCCCCUAACAUAGCUAAAACUAAAAACAAACUAAAAACUACUUCCAAAAAUAUUCAGCUUUGAUAUUAAUGAGUUUUUUGGGUUCAUUGAGAACAUGGUUGUUGUUCAAUAAUAAAAUUAAUCCUCAAAAAUACAACUUGCCUAAUAAUUCUGCACUCCCUGUAUAAUUUUAUUUUUUUCCUUCUGUUUGAGGGUUAUAUUGUUUUCUGCAAGACAUUUUGCUUGUAGCUGUUAAUAGUUCACUUUUUUUUUUUUUUUUUGGCAAUCUGUUUUCUUGGCUUACAUAUCCUGAGAUCAAUCCAUUGUUACAUUUCUAAUGUAGAUAUAUUUAUGGAAUUAAGAAUGUAUAUGUAACCAAUUGUUAAAUAAGUUAUUUAUAUAUAUAAUUUUUUUUAUUUUUUAUUUAUUUUUUUAUAAAAUUGUGUGAGGGAUACAUCAAAAUAUUGUUAGUGCCUUGCUAGUUUUGCUGUAUAGCUGUAUAGAUCAGUUUUUUGGGGGAAAAAGCGAGUAAUAAGAAUUGUGUGACAAGAGAACACAUUAGAAACUUGUAGCAGAUUUAUGAGCACUCCUGGCACCAUAACAACUUUUUUUUCAAUGAAUGAAAUAACUCUGUUAUUGAAGAUACACUAGAGAUGUGUUAACCCUGCAUUCAAAACAUGUUGUUUUUUUUUGUCAUCAGGUCUGGGUUCCUUUAGUGUUCCUUUAAAAUAGAAAUAUGUAAACAAAUUAUUAAACCUUUUUCCCCUUUUUUUUUUCUUUUUUUCUUCUCAAUGCAUAUAUCAGUGAUGCAUGUAGAGUUGGCCGAUAUAAACAGUGUAUCAUUCUGAAGUGUUUGCACCUAUUAUGUAAAAAUAAUCUGUUUUUCCUAUCCCUUGUUGACAUUUAGAGAUGCUGGAAGAGGCUCUGGUCGGCAAUAACCCCGAGGGUCCACUCUGCGAGUUGCUGUUUUUUUUCCUGACUGCUAUUUUUCAGGCAAUGACUGAAGAAGAGGAAGAAGUAGCAAAGGACCAGAUAAUCGAGGCAGAGACCAAAGGUUGUAUGUUUUGCCAAACAUUAUCAAAAAAAUAGCUAAAUGCAAAUUAUCAGGAAAAAAGUUACCGGUAUAUCAUGCGUAAAAUUGUAAGCUAGUUUGAGGCUUUCUAAUUCACCUCUUGUCGAUGUCAAUAUUUUUGUAUGUCAGUUACUUGCUGUCAGAUACCCCCUCUCUGUUAUUAAGCUCUGCUGAAUAACUCUUUGAAUUAUGAGUAUUGUUCACAGCAUAUUUAUAUUUGUUACACUGAGUGUAUAGUAAUGCUUUUGACAAUUAACAGCUCAUUACAAUACCAGCAGAAUGGAGGGAUUUAAAGUGGCUAGAUUUGUCUUCUAUUUUGUAGUGAAUAUGGAACAAUUCCGCACCCACAAUUUGUGAAAACGUGCCUCCCUUAAAUAAUGGAAAAUCUAAAUAUGAUAUUAAAAAGUAAAAUGCACGCUUUUAAUUAUUUUAAAAGGAUAAAUUUUUUGUAAAUUAGAACACUUGAAUCAAAUUGCCAGUUUUCUGUGCAUUACUACAAAAUGGUCAUUUAGUAAAUUAAAGGGACACUCCAGGCACCCAGACCACUUCUGCCCAUUGGAGUGGUCUGGGUGCCAACUCCCACUACUCUUAACCCUGCAAGUGUAAUUAUUGCAGUUUUUUUAUAAACUGCAAUAAUUACCUUGCAGAGUUAACUCCUCCUCCUAGUGGCUGUCUACUAGACAGCCACUAGAGGGCACUUCCUCCUUCUUAGCACAGAAAACCUGUGCUAGAGCAUCGCUGGAUGUCCUCGCGCUGUGUGAGGACCUCCAGCGUCGCUCAAUUCCCCAUAGGAAAGCAUUUUCAAUGAUUUCCUAUGGGGAGCUCUAAUGCGCGUGCGCAGCAUUGCCGCGCAUGCGCAUUAGGUCUCCCCGGCCGGUGGGCGGUGGGCGGGAUCAGUCCCGCCCACCGGCAGACGUAAUACAGAGGAGGAGAAGCAGCGACGUGGGACAUGUUGCUGCCUCUGGUAAGUCAAUGACUGGGUUUUCAACCCUUCAGCAACAGGGGAUUGGUGGGUGGGAGGGAGAGGGGACCUGCAGUGCCAGGAAAACUGAUUGAUUGUUUUCCUGGCACUGGAGUUUCCCUAAUCAUUUUAAAAUAUAAUGCAAAUAGAUGUGUUCACUAUUAAUUAAUGCACGUCAAACUGGCUGGUAAUCUGAAAAGUCUAUAUAUAAUUUGACUUACAAGUAAUAUAACAAUGCCCAUAUCUUGCCUAGAAGUCAUGGAGAGUAGAUUUGCUUAAUAAGUGUAAUCACUGUAAUAUUCAUGUUUGCAUUCUCUCCCCUUUUUUAAUGUGGUUUUUGACAGAUCUGACAGAAGCAUUGGACGAGGUUACUGACCUAACUAAAUCUGCCUAUGCAGCAGUAGCAUCCCUGGCGGCUGCGUGGCCACAAUUACACCAAGGUGUGUUACUAUCUUUUGUGUGAUUGUUUCCUGUGAUGACGAUUAUCAAUUGUAGAUGGUAUAAAAAUAUUUACAAUACUGACAUGUGCAUCUGCUGCCUUGCUUUGUUUUGCAGGCUGCAGUUUGAAGGAUCUAGAUUUGGACAGUUGCACGCUUUCUGAGAUUCUGCGUCUCCAUAUAUUAUCAUCGGGUGCUGAUGCAAAUUCAGCUAGCGCCAAAUACAGAUACCAGAAACAAGGUGGAUUUGACGCUACGGAUGAUGCCUGUAUGGAGCUCCGUCUCAGCCACCCUGCGAUAUUGAAAAAGCUCUCCUCUGUGUCUGUUUAUGCCUUGACACCUGGUGAGAAAUACUUUACUUUUACAAUACACUGCCACACAGGAAAGAUUGUCCUUUUUAUUUUAUUUUUUUAUACAAGUACCCCUUAGAAUAGGAUUUGAUCAGUGAUCUUGGUCUUUAAAAAGGAAUAUAUGUAUGCUUGGUUCUGUUUGAUAGUACCUGCAGUGAGAUACUCACCAAAAAGUGAUUCCUCUCUCCUCCUGGCUCUCUGAGUUCAUGGGGACUUGAGAUCCAGACCCUAUGUUUACAUAACUUUUGAUGCAGAUGCCCUUAAUUUGUUCUUAUUAUGGUUCCCUGAAUACUACUAGGCACAAAUGUGCUUGAUAACUCGCAUAUCAAGGCUAAAGUAACCCCAAUUCUGAAAAAGCCCAGCCUUGAUCCCAACUCCCCAUCCAACUACCGCCCUAUCUCGCUACUGCCAUUUGCCUCCAAGAUCCUCGAGAGAGUUGUCUACGCCAGAUUGACAGACUUUCUUGAAUCCAACUCUCUGCUUGACCCCCUUCAGUCUGGAUUCCGCGCUGGUCACUCUGUCGAAACUGCUGUGACCAAAGUAUCCAACGAUUUAAUUGCUGCUAAAUCUCACGGCCAAUACUCUAUCCUAAUCCUCCUUGAUCUUUCUGCCGCCUUUGACACUGUUGAUCAUCAACAGCUUCUUCACAUUCUCCGUAACUUUGGUCUACGGGAUUCUGCUCUCUCCCAGCGCUCAUUCAGUGUUUCUUUCUCUGGCUCUGCCUCUUCUCCCCAACCCCUCCCUGUCGGCGUCCCCCAAGGUUCUGUCCUCGGCCCCCUAUUGUUCUCUAUCUAUACUGCCUCCCUUGGUAAACUCAUCAGCUCUUUUGGCGUCCAAUACUAUUUAUAUGCAGAUGACACGCAAAUCUACCUGUCCUCCCCUGAUCUCUCUCCGCCCACCCUGACUCGUGUUUCUGACUGCCUCUCUGCUAUUUCUAACUGGAUGGCUGCUCACUUCCUUAAACUCAACCUGUCCAAAACAGAACUUCUAGUUUUUCCUCCCUCAAGUGCUGCUACUCCUGUGUCUGUCGCCAUCCAAGUCAACGGCGCUACUAUCACCUGUACCUCCCAGGCUCGCUGCCUAGGGGUUCUUUUUGAUUCUGAUCUCUUUUACUCCCCAUUUUCAAUCGAUAGCCAAAUCCUGUCGCUUCCAACUCAAGAACAUAGCGCGCAUCCGCCCAUAUCUAACGCCGGACGCGGCUAAGGUACUGGUUCAUGCUGUUCUCUCUCGCCUUGACUAUUGCAAUCCCCUUUUCACCGGUCUUACAUGUUCCCAGCUUGCACCGCUGCAAUCUAUAAUGAAUACGGCUGCGAGGCUUAUUUUCCUGUCCGGUCGCACCUCCCACGCCUCCACGCUCUGUCAGUCCCUGCAUUGGCUUCCAGUUAGAUAUAGGGCCCAAUUCAAAAUUCUGGCGCUUGCUUACAAAUCCCUACAUAAUGCUGCUCCAACAUACCUAUCCUCCCUCAUACACAAGUAUGUCCCGUCGAGACCCCUGCGCUCAGCCCAAGACCUACUCCUAUCCUCUGCCCGGAUCCCCACCUCUGAUGCUCGCCUUCAAGACUUCUCCAGGGCUGCACCUAUUCUGUGGAACUCCCUUCCCUCCUCAAUCAGACUUUCACCCAGCCUCCAUUCCUUCAAAAAAUCUUUGAAAACUAACUUCUUCAUUAAAGCGUAUCAAUUAAACUGUCAGCAGGUUUCUCAUCCCCCACCCCAUGACUCCGUUCCUUUACCUGUCAAAAAUGACCUACCAAGCACUCAAUAAACCCUUCUGUAACAAACUAUUUAAUUCCCCUACUUUAACCCUUUGUGUCACUAUACCCCACUCCCUCUAGCAUGUAAGCUCAUCGAGCAGGGCCCUCAACCCCCUCUGUUCCUGUACGUCAGUGGUCUGAUCUCAAUUAUGUGUCUGUUAGUCCACCCAUUGUACAGCGCUACGGAAUUUGUUGGCGCUAUAUAAAUAAUAUAAUAAUAAAGAGACCAAGGGCCUCACUAUGCCUGUAAAGGUUGAUCCUCCUCAGGGAUCUCUCUAAUGUCCUACCAGGUUGUUUUGCAUUCUGUAUACCUGUACUCUGUUUUAAUUGCAACUGAGACCUGUCCAUCUCUUUUCUCGCCCCGUUUUACAAUUAUUAUUUGAACUUGUCAUAUGGAAGACACGGUAUGUAGACCUAAUGAUGCGAUUCCAUUUUUUAAAAUUAAUUUUCCCCCCCUUGUAGGUGAAAAGUUAAUGAUUCUUCAUGCAUUGUGUGGAAAGUUGCUGACAUUGGUCUCAACCAGAGACUACAUUGAAGAUUACUUUGAAGAGCUUCGCCAGGCAAAGCAAGAGUUCAGAGAACUGAAAUCUGAACAGAAUCGGCGAGGGAGAGAGGGGGCUGCUGCCAGGUCAGUAUAUUAUGGGUAGUUACAGGUUUCAGUGUUUUUCCAUUUUCUUAACAUCUGAUCAAAAACCUGGCUACUUGUAGUCAUUGUGAAAAAUAUUUCUUGUGUUUGUGUUGAUCUUUAGUUCGCCAGGAACUAGAUCAUCAGUUUCAGCAAAACCUUAAUUGGUGCUGUCCUAAUUUCCAGCCAAUCCUCCUCCUUAGAAAAAAGUCCUCAGCGCCAAGAUCCCCCAGCCUUUGCCUGUGCCUUGACAUAAUAGCUCAAUCAGAGGCUAGCUAGACUGCAGAUGUUGCAAUCUAAAGGCAUGUCUUCAGUUUGUGGCCAGUUUGUGAUCUCUGUGCUUGAUUGGUCCGUGACAAUGGUAUUGAAAUGUACUUCUGACUGCUUUUUAAUUAAUUUUUUUGUAAGCAUAUAGAACUUUCAACCUACUUCUAUUCAUAGACCAUACUGCAUUCUGCUGCUUGAGUACUAUCUAGCUCACUAGCUUUUUUUUUUUUUUUUUUUUAUAUAGACAUUAAUGCUCUGCUUACGAACUUUUCAGGGUGACCUACGUAAAUUACCACGUUGUAUAUACGCUCGAGCAAUUAGUUUUUGUUACCAAGUAUCCUAUUCACACUUUCUUCUGUGAAUUGAGUAUACACUCUGCCUUAUUAUAAAAAGGGAGAUUUCCCUCUUACUAGAUUAUAGAAGUUUAAUCCUUUUUAUUUCCGCUACUUAUAGACCGUUUCAUAGUCCUUAUUGAACUGGCUCUCUUUCUUAGUUCUAUUUCAAUUUUAGGAAGCCGUUCCAUUUCCUGGUGUCUCACUUUUAAGAAUAGUUUUUUUUUUUUUUUAUAUAUUUGUCUAAAAGUGUGUCCACACACCCACCCCACUAAGGUUGGUCGCUUGCCAUUCUUGGCUUUUUGUUUUUUGUGACCAGGAUUAGCAUGGUGCUUCUGGAAACAUAAGGGCAGAGAAUGUUUACCCCUGCCUCCCGCUGCUAUCCUCUUCUGGUUAAUGGAACUCACAGUGGCAAUGGCAGCAAACCUAAUUUAGAACUUUGCAUCAGUUGACUAGUUAUUUCGUCUUACUUUUUGUUUGUUAUAAAUUAUAUACAAAAUACCAGCAAAGUGAAUAUCAUUUGAGGUCAGAUUGGUAAAUUAUAGUAAGCUACUGGUGAAAAUCUCUUCUGUUGUGUAUGUAUUCCUGACACUAUAGUGUUAAAUAUAAUUCUGAGGUCAGGGCUUUGGCCAGAUGCACGCUGACCAAUCAGCAUCUCCUCUUAGAGAUGCAUUGAAUCUAUGCCUCUCUAUGGGGAAAGUUCAGCGCCUCCACGCAGAGCAUGGAGACACUGAAUGUCCGUGUUGCAUGUUGUGCGGCACUGACCCAGGAAGCACCUCUAGCGACUGUCUGAGUGACUGCCACUGGAGGUGUCCCUAGGGAGCAAUGUAAACGCUGCCUUUUCAUUAAAAUUACUGCAGGGACAGGCUAUACUUCUCAAAACUACAUUCAGCUCCAGUUGUUUUGGUGACUAUAUAGUGUCACUUUAAGAACUAAAUGUCAGAGAUUGUCAUUGGUCAUACUAGGGUUACAAAUUCGAAGCAUUCCACUGUAAUGCUACACUGUAUUACAUAAUCCUGUAGUCCAAAUGUACAGAAGUAAUGAUCCAAGCAUGCCAUCUUAAUAACCAAUAACAUUUUCCAAGUAAUAUCUCUGAUAUAAGGUUUUAAAACCCACUGGAAAGAAACUGAGGGGUACUUAAAUGGUGAUCAUUUUUCUCUAUUAGAAUUCGUAAACGGAAAGUGGAUAAGCUGAAGGAACAGGAGAUGAAGAUGAAAGACAAGCAUGAGAAAUUGAAGGAAGAAGAGAGUAGUAGAUGUGCAGGGUAAGUGACGUUCGAUAAGCCUUCCUCAUACAGGAUUUAUAAUCUGCUUCUGAUGAAGCUUUACUGUGAUAUCGUUAUUCCUCUGCGAUUGUGUUUUGCUAUCGGAGUAUUUAGCCUGUUGUAUGUUGGUUUUUGUGUUUCUUAGAAAUGAAGAUGAUUUAGAUACUAGUUCAGAGAACAAAGAUCCAGAGCAAAAAGAUCAAGACUCAGAAGAUGAAGACACAUCAUUUGGCCAAAAAGGUAGACACAUAGCUGAAAUGUGCCUCUUUAUUUACAUACACAAAUUUAUAAUAAGGCAUUAUCAUGCUUCAGUUAAGAGGGGCGAUGGGUACAUUUUUGUAUUUUAUUUUUAAUUUUAUUUUUUUUAUUUUUUUUCUUGGUUUAUCUCAAUUUUGUCUGACCACCAGCACUGUUUGUUAAAAUUUUAAUGGAACCAACACUUCCCAGAAUUAUUUAAUGAUUUAAUUUUCCCCUAUAUUUAACUGUGUUUAUGAUGUCUGAAAAUGAAAUGUGGAAAUCUCCACUACAUUUACCUCUGCCGUGGUGUGCUUCCAUCUUGGCUCUCUAACAGAUUUUUUUAUUUAUUUUUUAUUUUUUUUAAAGCGAUUCCAUUUGUACCGGUCAGCAUAUAGUGAGGAGGAGAAAUCAAAAUAAUUACUAUUCUCUCUCGAUUAUAUAAAUAUAUAUAUUUUUUUAUUUUUAUUUUUUUCUCUAAUCACAAUAUAAACAUGCAAACCUAACCAAUCAUUAAACGCUUAAUUGUGUCCUAUCUUGUGUCUAGGGAACAAGACCCAGAAUGGCUUAAAAUAUGGUAAGAAUAGCGGCCUAAGUAUGGGGGUAACCAUGGAAAAGAAAGGAGCUUUAACUCCUGAAGAGCAAGAGUCCUUGAGGCAGCAACAACAGAAAAAAGAGCAGGAGUUGUUAGAAAAGAUACAAGAGGCUACAGCCUGCACCAAUAUCUUCCCACUUGGUCGAGAUCGUUGGUAUAGGCGUUUCUGGACAUUCUAUUCUGUGCCAGGACUAUUUGUAGAGGAAGACUACUAUGGGCUCACUGAGGACAUGCUACAACCACGGCCAAUUUCUCAUCGAGAUGCCUUGAAUCUUGCAAUUAAUUGCCACGCACCUCCUGAUCGAAACAUAAAUGAAGAGCUUCCCAAACCUGUGACCAAGCCAAACCGUUGGUGGUUUUAUUACUCCACUGAGCAACUGGAUGAGCUGAUUGAAUGCCUUAAUACCAGAGGAUACAGAGAGACCUCACUGAAAGACAUACUUGUUCAAGAAAAAAACAAGAUCUCCCAAAAGCUGACUAAUCUUCCUGUCAACCGCUUCCAUCUUUCUGGUACUGUUACUGCCAUGUAUUAUGGGUUUAGCACAUAACAUAUGUUAUAACCAUGUUUAUAAAUAUAAAAUCGACUACCCUACAAUAUCAAAAUGGGAAUAAAGUAAUGGGAAUCUCAUAAAAAAAAAAAAAAAAAAGGUUUGAGGAAAGUAAAUUGUCCCUUUUAAAGAAUGUAACAUUCCGAACGGCUUAAGUGCAAUACGGAGGUACAGUUUUAGAAUACCAAAACUACUUUGAGACCAGAACUGAAGUUUCAAGAGAAAUUGUAGUAUUUGGGUUUUUUUAGUUUUUUUUUUUUUUUUUUUACCCUACUUGCCUCUAAUUGUUGCACUGUAAGCGUUCACUAAAAUAAAAAUACAUUUCCUGUGCAACACAUUCGGCCAAAUGAUAUGCCGUUUCUUGUAAUGCCUGCGCCUAUUAUUUGGGACAUGUACUUAUACAAUAUAAUAUGAAUUUUUUUUUUUUUUUUUGGCUUGGCUGUCCUUGGCCAGUAAUGAGUAAUAGUGUAAGCGUUUAAUUUUAACUUUUUAAACACUUGCCUGAAUCCACUGGUGAUGUCCCUCAUUACUGGGUCAGGCUCCUCUGCCGACGUCCACCGUUCUGGGGAACCUAAUGCACCUUUGCAACAAACACUGAACACAUAUUAGGUCUUCCCCAUAGGGAAGCAGUGACUCAAUGCUUUCUUUUGGGGACUCUGAAAAUGCUGGGCAUUCUCAUUCAAACUCCAUGAAACUGCAGGAAGUGCCUCUAGUGGCUGUCUGGUAGACCACCACUAGAGGCAGUCUUAACAUUGCAGUUUUGCAGGGUUAAGGGAACAGGGACACUGCACCCAACACACUUCAACGAGGUAAAGUAGUCUGGAUGCCUAUCGUGUCCCUUUAACAAAGCCCUACCAUCUUUGUCCAGCUCUUACAAAAUCCAAGUCUGUGGCACGCAGGUAAAAACUUGUGCUUGGCCCCAUUCAUAAAACGUAUUCAGCCGUUCCACUUAUUGGAUCUGAUGAAUAAAACAGCUGCUGACUGCAGAACCACAUAAUCAUUAUGAAACAGCAUCACAACCCAUAGUGGGAGGGACUCUCUACUGCUGUUUGUCUAUGGAUUGACCGUAGGAAUGCUAAUGGCAUACACUAGGUAUAUAGGCCAAUAAAUAAAUGUUUUUAUUUUUUUGGGGUGGGAGGGGGGAGCUGGGGGGCAGGGAUCAAAAUAGUAUUUCUCCUAAGCAUGCUAUAUAAACCAGACCGUUCCAAACAUAUUGAAGUCAUUUUGUGAUCUACUUUUUUAGAUAACCCACCGCCUAUAGAUUCUAAGCCUGGUCGGGGACGGUCACAGCAAGUGCCUGAUACAACUCAAGUUUCAGCAGAGAAGCAACUUCAACUACGGUUGUGUGAUCUACUCUUGGAUAUUGAAGAUAGAAUUUACCAGGGGACACUUGGCUCUGUUAAGGUAUAAAUAUGGUUACAAGUAUCAAGAUCAGAUUGUAUGAAAAUUAUCUUAAAGCAGGCUACUAACUGUCUCAAACUAUGGUGAUUGUGUUUGAUAAGACAUUUAUUCACACAUUCCACACCUAGUUUGGAAGGUUUCUUCAAAACCUUGAUGGCUCAUUUGAAAAUUUCAGACAGCACAGUGACUAAGCCCUUUUAAACUUUUGCAUAAAGGCAUUGAUGGCUUAUUUUACAUCCCUCUUUAUUUUAUCACAUUUUUAAUGAAAACUGCCAUCAUGUUGCAUUUUUUUUGUACAUCUGUAUAAUUUAAAAUAAAUAAAGUGUAGAAAAAUAUAUAUUUCUUUGGAUGUAGGUACCGGAUAGACAGGCAUGGAGGGCAUCUAUUGAAAAAUGUGUUAUGGAAAUAUUGAGUGAUGAAGCAAAGGAGAAUGGAGGAAUAAAACUGUCAAGCAAUGACAUCGAAGAAAUGGAAGGUGACUCGAAGCCGAUUACUAAAGACAGGUGAGAGACCACUUUAAUUUGUAUUCCUUUUGUAUAGCUGCCAGAAAACUGUCAAAACUGUUGAACACAGCAUAGGAUUUGUAAACUUAUUUCAUGUGUAUUCUGUAUAGAAAGUAAUUUUAUUUUUAUAUAGCAAUAAUGUGCCCCAGUAAUGCUUAUGAUGCCUGCAUCCUUCCCCUUGUCCCCACCCAUCCCCAACUGUAAAAAUUUAAUUUUACUUACCAUAUUCCCAGUGGAUAGUCUGUACAUUCCACUGAAUUAUAAGCCUUCUUUUGACAGGCAUAUCUGAUGACUUUACUAGAGUCAGUUUCUGUUUUGGCUUCCUAUGUAUUUUAGUCCUGCUUGAUACGUACGGUGGUUGUGCGUUACAUUUCUACAUUUCCACUCUCUCAGAUGGGUGCAUGAAGUGGUGAAGAAUAAUUGCAUUCAUCGCCUUCAGUGUAAUGCUUGAUGGGGUAACUUCUAAUCCCUCAGAGAGCCACAGAAGACCAGGCAAAAUGAUAGUGUGAAAAGAAGCAAUAAUUUAUUGGAAGACAGCCUCCUGAAUUCGCAAUGUUGUGGCUGGUUGAGCCUUAAGCCUUUAAUGUUCAAACUCUAAACAGCCAUUCUGUUGGCAAACAAGGCAUCCAAUCUAUCUCUACCUCGUAUUAUUCAAGCCCAUUCUACUAGAGCUGUUGCAACUUCUUGUGCAUCUAAAGCAGUUGUGUCUAAUGAACAUCCUGUACUACCUCUGUUAGUGAAAAAUAAAUAUUUGCUUUCCACAAUUUAUUUCCCUGCGUUUAGUGUCAGCUUCCAUUCAUUAAUACAGUUUUCUGGCAUGCAUUCCGUAUGCGUGUCCUUUCUUGGGGUCUUGAGGGUCGGUUUAUAGUGGGAGGAUGAGCUUUUAAAAAGUCUUCCAUUUAAACUCUGCCUGUCCUGUGGAAAAACUGCUAAAAUCUUUGUAGGAAGUACUGCCACUAAUCCAACAGAAAAAUAAAUAAAUGAUGGUAAGUAAAAUGUAUGUGUUUGGAGUGCAAGAUACUCUGAAAAGGGUUGCAUUUAAUUAUGACAAUACUAAUGUGUGUAUAUUAUGGGGGAGAGGGGGUUACAAUCUCUUCUAAUAUAAAAUGUUUUUGUUUUUCCUUGUGCGGACUGCAGAAGAUUAAUUAUGGUUCCAUAAUUAAGUCUGUAAGCAGCAUCCUUAGCAUGUUCCAUUACUGAACCAUUAACAGCUUCCGCUGAUGCUUUCCAUACCCACCUACAUUUUCUGUGCAUGAAAAAAACAUUGCAAACUUGCUUGCUGCUUCACAACAUCAACAUAAACCCAUCAAGCUUAGACUGCAAUCAUUCUAUAAUUAUAUUCAUAAGAUGGGUACUUCACUUUUAAUAGUCAUGAGUAUGUGUUCCUGAUGUUUGCCAUUUAUAGGGUUACUCAGAACAUCAUUAGUACUACAGCCCACUGUAUCCUGGCACACUCCACAGUAAGGGGACAAACUAUUUUGAAAAUAACAUGGGUUCCACAAGGCACGGAGUCUCACUCAAUGCUGGCUGAAUAGCAUCUGUCUACUGCAGAGUCGUAUAAGUCGGAUGCUGAUCCUGCCAGUAAUUCAUUGGUUGAGGAUGUCAGCCAAUGAAUGAGUGCCUGUGCAAGGAAUAUACAGAGUUGACAUUAGGCAGUCCAUCACUUAAUUUGGGAUGGCUAGUGACGCUGCCAGAGCCAAAGUUACACCUUUGACAGCAGCAUUCGAUAUCUAAGUAUGUACAGUGUUUAAUAUUGAAAUGCUACAUUUAUAUGGUAUGUGCACCAUGACCGCUUCAAUACACAGGUGUGGGUUUUUGUUUUUUGUUUUUUUUUUCUAAGUCUUCAGAAAACUGCAAAAUUAAAACUGUACUGUCACUCUUCAGGUUAAUAUUAAGUAAUUCACUUUUUUUGAAAGGCAAGCUGCAGACAUUAUGGACAGAGGGGGGUAAUUAUUUAAAGGAACUCUAUAGGCACCCAGACCACUUCAGCUGAUUGAAGUGGUCUGGGUGCAAUGUCCCUGUCUCCUUAACCCUGCAAUCAUUUUAUUGCAGUUAUUAACUCCACCUCUAGUAGCUGUCCACCAGACUUCGGGGUGGUUAGGCGACUGACUGGAAGUCCUCACACUUUGCUUGAGGAUAUCCUGCAUCGGCUAAAAUUCCAUAGGAAAACAUUAAGCGAUUCUUUCCUAUGGGCCCUAGGUCCCCUUUGCCGGUAAGAGGCAGAGCCUGACCCCAGCACCAAGGGACAUCGGGGUUGGCGUGAGGAAGGUGGGCAUUCCUAGCACCAUGGUUUCCCUUUAAGAAUACAUGGAGCAGGCACUGUAAACUCCACUACACUUUAGCAUUAUAAACAAGUGUAUUUAUAACACUAGGGAUUUGUUUUAUUGGCAUAUCAAUGCACAUGGUGUUUCUUUAAAAAAUAAAAAUUUAUUUUAAAAAAAUUAUUGUACAGUAUAGCAUUUUAUUUGCUGAGCCUCUGUGCACACCAAACCUUUUUGUGACGAUGCCCAUUGCUUAGUUGAGAUACCCACUGCUGAGCAUUUUCACUGAGGAUGGGCGUGUCAUCCACCAAACGCUUGAUACUUUAUGGGGAUAAACAUUUUAUACUUCCUCACUUACCACCCCUCAUUAUGUUAGUGAUAUUUGACUCCUGAAAAGAGUAUUGAAUGCAAGCUUACAUUUAGCUUCGAUAGUAUAACAUCCUUGUUUUCAUGUCCUGUUUUAUUAAAUCAUUAUAUCUUGCCUGGCAAUGCUUGGUGUGUAACAGCAGUUCAUGGCUGCUUGCAUAUAGAGAUUGCAGUGUACAGCAAAACAUUUGUCAUGUAAAAAAAAGUGUAUUUUUUCCAUUUCUGGGAUGUUUGUAAGUGUAAUUAAGAUUUGUAGGGGUGGUUUUUCUUUUUUAAAUUAUUUUUUUAUUACUUAGUGUUUUUCAUCGUGGCCAAGCAUAUUUAAUAAAUAGUAUUAACAAGCAACUCAGUUGAUGCAAGUCUAUUCACCAAACUGAUUUGAAAAGUCUUUUUUCAAAAUGGGGUAGCCAAAAAAAGAAAAUGUCAACCUUUGUAUUUUUAGCAUAAAUUUAGUAAAUUGCCAUCUGUAAUGGUGUUAUCCCUAAUAUUGUUAAGAGAAUAUAUUUUCAAAAGCACAACCCUAUGAGUGUGUGUUUUUUUGUGUUUUUCUCCCAAUCAGUCUUAAGUGGCAUGAUAUGUGUAGUGUUCUAUUAUAUAUUUUUAUUUUUUUCAAGCUCGAUUAAAGUAUCUCUACAUAGCUUUUUAUUUACUGCCAUUCUGUUUGCAGACUGCAAGGAUUGAAAAAUGAAACUCCUAGUGCUACGUCCACGAGCACCAACACACCUCAGCCAGUCAAUAACACUCUACGUUUCCUCGCUCGCGCUUUACUCCAGAUAGAGCAAGGCGUGGAGCGCAGAUUCUUGAAAGCUCCCUUGGGUAAGUAGAUUAAAAUGCUUUAUGUAUGACAGUAACACUGGCAGGCAUGCCUUCAAACAAGGUGGCUUUAAUCCUACACAGUCCUCAAUACUGCUUUGUAUAAUUUGACAAGUCACCCAAAAACAAAUAGAUUGUAAUGCUUAUAUGUCUGGAGAGAUUGGUCCUUGCAAUAGUCAAAAAGCAUUUAUUAAUUUGAUAGAAUAGUAACCUCCCCACCACCACACCCCAAAAUAAAAAAAAUAUAAGCCAACCUUGGGUGAGCAACCUCUAAAAUAUGUAUAUAUUGUAUGGAGAGAGGGAGUUAUUUUAUUUCUGAGGACUGAGUCUCUUACUUGUAUGCUUUCUAUUUUAAGGGUUUGCUUGCCCCAUAAUGUAUAUGAGUUGUCACUUUUUUAUUAUUCGUCCUUAAAAUUCAGGGGUGGUUUAAAUCUGUGGAAGCUGCACUUUAUCAAGGUUUUUGUAUGUCUUUGAAUAUAGACACAACUUUAAUAUACAUUGUUUUCUAAUUCCAUAAAUCCAUUCAGUAUAAACGUCAGUACUUUGUUUUGUCAGUUGAUGACAAGCCCUUCUGUGUCAUUUUAACAUUUGUCUGUAUUGGAUAGGAGACGCAGAGGACACGAAGAGGGACAAAAAAUCUGCAAAAAAGAAAGAUGAAGAACAAACUGAAAAAGAUGGCACGUAUUGUUACUUUAACCGGGAGAGGCGUUAUCCUAGUAAAAUUAGACAUUCUUUACCCCUCCUUAGUCUUGGACAACAAUUUCUGAGAAUAAAACUCGUAUCCCUACGUAUUUGAGCAUCAUGUAGUGCUUGAUGAGUAUAUUGCAAUGUUCUUAAAAAAAACAGAAAAAAACACAUUCCUUACUACAGAAUAUUUUUUUUUUCUGCAGUUCUUUUGUUAGACCUUGAUCUCUCGAAAAGGGGAUCUACAGCGGAUAGGGCAAUGUCAAGAAUGAUUUUCUGAAAUGGUUAGCUAGUUAAGAAUUCUUCCCAUUUUUUUAUUUGAAUUUUUUUCCUAACGUUCAUGCAAUGGCAGAGAUCCAUUUACGGAGUGAACUGUUUUUAGUUGCUUUGUUUAGUGUUCUAUACUUUAUAAACAUCCUUAUUUUAUUCUUCCAUUUGUAGAUGCCUGUGAUGGUGGUCGUACUCAGAGGACGGUGCUAGAUCGAUGGAGAGAAUCGUUGUUGUCGUCUGGAAGCCUGUCCCAAAUCUUUCUUCACUUAUCUACUCUGGACCGCAGCAUAUUGUGGUCUCGCUCCAUCCUGAAUGCUCGUUGCAAGGUGUGUCGAAAAAAGGGGGACAGUGAAUGCAUGCUGCUUUGUGAUGGAUGUGACAGAGGCCACCAUAUCUACUGUGUGCGACCCAAACUUAAAGUAAGUCUUUAAUAUUCACUUGUAGAAUAGCAACUACAGUCUGCAACAGAAGAGUUGUUUUUUGUUUUUGUAUUUUUUUUUUAAUUCAUUUUUAAUCUUUCUUAAUCUUUUCUUUAGUAUGUUCCCGAGGGAGACUGGUUCUGUCCUGAGUGCCGACCGAAGCAGCGCAUGAAGAGACCUCCUGCUAGGCAGAGACCUUCAGUGGAGAGUGAUGAAGAGGAGAUGGAGUCAGCAGAAGAAAAGUCUGAGGAGGAGGAAUCGGAGGAGGUAUCGGAGGAGGAGGAGGACUACGAAGAACAGAGUGUACUUUCUGAAGAAGAUAGGUGAGAAAUUAAAUAUAUGCCCGGUUAAAAAAAAUUAAUUAGGACGUUUAGUCAACUGUAUAUUUUAGAAUCUAACCCAUCAUUUUUUUUAUGCCAACCUCUUUCCAGCCCACCGAAAAGAGGAAAGGCUAAAGUCCACUUUCCAUUAAAGAAGAGUGGAAGAAUAGCUGGAAAACCUGGACCCCAGAAAAAAGGUGGGAAAGCAUCAAAAGUUUUUCAAGGCACUCCCAAAACAUUUUCACCUUCUCCACGAGGUAGAGGUAGAGGUAGAGGGCGAGGUACAGGACGAAAAACACGGUCUGCUCCACCUCUGGGAAAUAAAACCUCGUUGCGUCAAUCUACUCGGAACACACAAGCAAACACAGAUUCCCCUGGAAAUUCUCUUGUGGGGCUGGUCUCCAUCCGUGGGAAAGGACUUGGUAGGGGCAGAGGAAGUGGCAGAGGUAGGGGCCGGGGACGUGGUCGAAUGCAGAAAUCUGCUGAUAACACUCCAGUGGGAAGCCCUUUCGCCCUUCGUCCAUUCAGUCUUGAUAGUCCUGAUCACACACCUCAAAGAGGGAGAGGACAGUCUAAGAAUUCAAUGACUAUACAGAUACACUCCUCAGGACGAGGCAAGAAACGUUUGUCUACAGGUAAAUUCAUGUUUGUUAUUGCAGGAACACUCACAUGCUCAAUGGUGUGUACAUGUCUUUUAUUAAUCUGUGUCUUGUUUACACAAAAUGAUGUACACUGCAAAUUAGGGCCUUCCUAUUGGCCACAUUUUUAUGGUAUGACCCUUCUCAUUUUGUACGGUACUGCACUAUAAGCUCAGUGGACUGGCCUUUUACAGUCAUCAAAACCACUGUAGCUUAAUGAAGCAGAUUUGGUGUAUAGAUCAUGCCCCUGUAGUCUCACUACUCCAUUCUGUGCCAUUUAGGAGUUAAAUCACUGUUUCUGCUGCCCUGUGCAUAUUUCCCUGCAUGUGACUUGCACAGUCUUCCUAAACACUUCAUGUAAAGAGUCAUCUAAUGUUUACACUUCCUUUAUUGCAAAUUGUUUAAUUUAGCUUUUUUUUAAUCUUCUACUCAGUUAAUAGCUUGCUAGACCCCGCAGGAGCCUUCUCUAUGUAAUUAAAGUUCAAUUUACAGUGCAGGAGAUACAAACUUUUAAAGUAAGUUACAUCUGAUUUGAAAAUGAAACAAUUUUGCUUUUAUGCAGGCUGUGUCAUUCACGGCCAGAGGGGGUGUGACUACGGCUGCAUAAAUAGAACAAAAGUGAUUUAACUCUUAAACGGCAGUGAAACUUUAGCGGCAUCAUCUAUACACUAAAACUGCUUCUUUAAGCUAAAGCAGUUUUGGUGACUAAAGUAAUCCUUAAAGCAUUGUUUAAAUGCUGCAUACACAUUGUAUAAUUGAUAGGAUAUUUUGGGAUUCUGCUAGUGUACCUACAAUAGAGGAUAACAGUGCAAAUAUUGCUUUAUACUGUAAAACAAAAAUCUGAUUAAUAUGCACUCACAUAUUCCAAAUUGGUAAAGCGUAUUAUGGGUGCCUCCCCAUGAUGUAGAUGUUUUUUUUUUUUUUUUCUUUAAAUAUCCUUCCUCAAGUGAUAGCCAAUCAGCAAGGUGAUCCAACAAACUGCAACCAAAAGAAUACUUCAAAGGCGAUUUAUUCACUUCUUAAAAUCAGGAGGUGUACAGGUAAAAAUUAUAAAAGCAAAUAUGAAAGAAACACUGGUCCUACGCGUUUCGUCCUUAUACAAAAGGACUUCCUCAGGGACCUCUUUCAAUAAAAUACAAUCACAAUCACAAAACCAAAAAGCAUCCUAAAAACGCUACCAAACAAGCAUUCUUAUAUAGGGCUAAUCCCUUCAAGUCAUUGGUGGAAUAGUCGGUGUCUUCUCAUUUCUCAAUUCCUAUUCGUCCAAAGUUUCUUCUCCCAGGUGCGAUCACUUUGCCGGAAAAAAUGCCGGGUUCUUUCGGUACUUGGCCACUUCCGCGUAUGUCAUACGUUACGCUUGCGUCAUGUGUUCCGUUGCUCAUCACGUGAUCGUUGUGCGUUCCACAUUCGGGAAACUACAUGGCCGUGCGUUCCACGCCAUAACAAUAGCCUGAAAAUCACUUCUAUUACACCUAGUGGUUAUACACAAGGAACUAAAACAAAAGAACUAUUAGGAAUUAUAUUCAAAAGUAAUAAUAAUAAUAAUUUUUAGAGGAUAUAUUAUUAUUAUUAUUAACUAAAUACUUUCUUAUAAUGAAUGUAAAGCAACUUCCUAUCUAAGUUGAACAUUCAUAAUAUCUGUCACAAUGCACCAUCUAUUACAAAGGUGGUAGUUUAUAAAUUCAUUUCAAAUGUUAACAGUAAUAUUUAGUAUACUAACAGUGAACAAAUCUUUAAAGUGACAUGAGUGAUUAUAUACUCCAUUACAUAUCCAUAUUGUGCCUACCAUAACGAUUUUUUUUUUCUCUUCUUCCUCAAAAAACCAUAAAAUAUAUAUCUCUCUUGAUUUAGUUCAAAAAACAAACUAUGUCCAUAUCUACAUUCAACCCCCUUGGGGUGAGAGUGCAUACUCUAUGAAUCAAAUAUGACUCUCUUUGUGCUAAUCGUUUCUCUUUAUUGCCCCCUCUCCAAUGUGAUUGAAUUUGUUCUAUCCCUAUACAACGCAAUCCUUUCAGGAAAAAAAGUGGACAACUAUUACAAUGAAGGGGAACCGAAUGGGUAUCUAAUUUUUUCUUGAUAUUAAUAUGUUCCAAAAGUCUUACUUUUAAACAUCUUUGUACGGCCAACAUAUUAGCUGCCGCACGGACACUGAAACAAAUACACCACACAGUCCGAGCGGCAACCAAUCUCUGAUUUAAUGGAGAACUGUUUCCCUGUGACAGAGCUGCUAUAUGAUGCGGUUCUAUCUGUGUUCACUUGUAGACAGGCUCAACAUGUAGCUGAUAAAUUAGUCAAAAAAGGUUCCAACCAGAAAAAGAUAAAGAGAAAUUCAUAUGUCUAAGAAAAGCAGGAAUGCGUUUUUAAUGGACGGCCCUAGUAAUAAAGGAAAAGGGGAAAAUUUCAAACAGGCUUUUUUUACACAAUAUAAUGUGGAUCAUCCAAAAAUUAAAAGGAGUUUAUAUAAAUAUUGGCCAAUAUUGUUGGAGGACUCCAUUUUGGGGGAACAUUUGUCAAAAAAGCCAAAGAUUAUUUAUAGGAAAAAACAAAAUCUUAAGAAUUUAUUAGCACAAGUUAUGCUUUAAAAAAUGGAUAUAGAAAUAAAAAAGGGACUAAAGGUUUUUGGGGUUGUAAAGCCUGUUUGCAAGUGAACACAGAUAAGGUUACAUCAUAUAGCAGCUCUGUCACAGGGAAACAGUUCUCCAUUAAAUCAGAGAUUGGUUGCCGCUCGGACUGUGUGGUGUAUUUGCUUCAGUGUCCGUGCGGCAGCCAAUAUGUUGGCCGUACAAAGAGAUGUUUAAAAGUAAGACUUUUGGAACAUAUUAAUAUCAAGAAAAAAUUAGAUACCCAUUCGGUUCCCCUUCAUUGUAAUAGUUGUCCACCUUUUUUCCUGAAAGGAUUGCGUUGUAUAGGGAUAGAACAAAUUCAAUCACAUUGGAGAGAGGCAAUAAAGAGAAACGAUUAGCACAAAGAGAGUCAUAUUUGAUUCAUAGAGUAUGCACUCUCACCCCAAGGGGGUUGAAUGUAGAUAUGGACAUAGUUUGUUUUUUGAACUAAAUCAAGAGAGAUAUAUAUUUUAUGGUUUUUUGAGGAAGAAGAGAAAAAAAAAUAGUUAUGGUAGGCACAAUAUGGAUAUGUAAUUGAGUAUAUAAUCACUCAUGUCUCUUUAAAGAUUUGUUCACUGUUAGUAUACAUAUUACUGUUAACAUUUGAAAUUAAUUUAUAAACUACCACCUUUGUAAUGGUGCAUUGUGACAGAUAUUAUGAAUGCUCAACUUAGAUAGGAAGUUGCUUUACAUUCAUUAUAAAAGUAUUUACUAAUUUUUAGAGGAUAUAUUAUUAUUAUUAUUACUUUUGAAUAUAAUUCCUAAUAGUCCUUUUGUUUUAGUUCCUUGUGUAUAACCACUAGGUGUAAGAGAAGUGAUUUUCAGGCUAUUGUUAUGGCGUGGAACGCACGGCCAUGUAGUUUCCCAAAUGUGGAACGCACAACGAUCACAUGAUGAGCAACGGAACACAUGACGCACGCGUAACGUAUGACGUACGCGGAAGUGGCCAAAUACCGAAAGAACCCGGCAUUUUUUCCGGCAAAGUGAUCGCACCUGGGGAGAAGAAACUUUGGACGAAUAGGAAUUGAGAAAUGAGAAGACACGGACUAUUCCACCAAUGACUUGAAGGGAUUAGCCAUAUAUAAGAUUGCUUGUUUGGUAGCGUUUUUAGGAUGCUUUUUGGUUUUGUACUUGUGAUUGUAUUUUAUUGAAAGAGGUCCCUGAGGAAGUCCUUUUGUAUAAGGACGAAACGCGUAGGAUCAGUGUUUUUUUUCAUAUUUGCUUUUAUAAUUUUUACCUGUACACCUCCUGAUUUUAAGAAGUGAAUAAAUCGCCUUUGAAGUAUUCUUUUGGUUGCAGUUUGUUGGAUCACCUUGCUGACCUUGAUACCCCAUUGGCUAUCACUUGAGGAGGGAUAUUUAAAGAAAAAAAAAACCAUCUAUAUCGUGGGGAGGCACCCAUAAUACGCUUUACCAAUUUGGAAUAUGUGAGUGCAUAUUAAUAAUCAGAUUUUUAUUUUUUUUAUAGUAUAAAGCAAUAUUUGCACUAUGUUUUAUCCUCUAUUGUAGGUACACUAGUAGAAUCCCAAAAUAUCCAAUCAAUUAUACAGUUCUGUCAUAUGGUUAUCAGCUGGGAAAUAACCUUGGGAAGCAGUGUACCCAUAAGUUAAGUUUUUGUGUUGGAUAUAUUUUUCUACACAGAUCACUUUGUUCACGGGUGGCUGUGUGCAUACACAUUGUAGCUGACCAUGUUUAUCCCUUUAUGGCUUUUGGGUCUUUCUAUUUUCAAGCAAAUUAAUGUGCCAUGUUACAAAGCACAACUUUGCAUAAAUCCGUUCAAUUUUGGUAUAAGGAUGUAUUCGAGGUUCACCUCCAUGAAUGUGUGGAGGAGGUGGCCAACAUCUGCAAGGAAUGUUUCAAUCACCUUGUCAAAUCUGUACUGCAGAUAUUUCAGACUGCUCUGAGAACCAACAGGUCCUCCCUGUAUCCACCCGUGUAUAUAAACUGUAUGCUUAUGGGCUUAAAGCUGGGCUCUCACCGUACUAGAUGGGGCAUUAUAAACCUGUUAACCCUUUAGUGACCAGAUCGUUUUUCAAUUUUCUUACCGUUUGGGGACCAGGACUGUUUUUACAUUUCUGUGGUGUUUGUUUAGCUGUAAUUUUACUCAUUUGUAGCCACACAUAUUAUUAUUAUACCGUUUUUCUCGCCAUUAAAUGGUAUUUCUAAAGAUACCAUUAUUUGCAUCAUAUCAUUUACUAUAAAAAAAAUAACAUCUGAUGAAAAUUUUUUUUUUUAAACACACCUUUUCUAACCUUGACCCCCAAAAUCAUGUGCAUCUACAACUGCCAAGAAACACCCGUGCUAAAUAUUUUUUAGAUUUUGUCCUGUUUAGCUUUUUUUUUUUUUUGUGGAAAGUUAUAGGGCAAUAAGUAAAAGUAGGACAUUACUGUUUCAAAAUAUAUAUAUAUAUAUAUAUUUUUAUUAUCAGUGGUGACAUUGUAACCCUGUUAUGUCAUAAAUCUCUGAAUCACACCUCACAUGUACAUGUUUUUCUAAAGUGGACAACCCAGGGUAUUCAGUAUGGGGCAUGUCCAGUCUUUUUUAGUAGCCACUUAGUCACAAACACUGGCCAAAGUUAGCAUUCAUUUUUGUGUGUGAAAAAUGCAAAAAAACUAAUUUGAACGUUAAUUUUGCCCCGUGUUUGUGACAAAGUGGCUACUAAAAAAUACUGGACAUACCCCAUUUGCAAUACCUUGAGUUAUCUACUUUUGCAAAUGGGUAUGCCAUCAUGGGGGAAAUUCUUAUUCCUGGGCUACCAUACGGUGUCAACCUGGCAAAAUUCAAUAUGAAAAAAAGGAAAUGCAAGCCUUAUAUUUGACCCUGAAACUUUUGAAAACCCCAAAAAACCUGUACUGGGGGAGGUGGGGGGGGGGGGUGUUCGGUUUUACUCGCGAGACUCCGGAACACAAAUAUUAGUGUUUCAAAACAGUAAAAUGUAUCACAACAAUAUCACCAGUGAAUAUCACCAGUGAAAGUGCAGUUUGUGUGUGAAAAAUGCAAAAAACUUCACUUUCACUGACUAUCUCAUCAUUGUGAUGUUUUACUGUUUUGAAACACUAACAUUUAUGUCAAGUGGAGUCUCCCGAUUAAAACAGUAACGCCCCCAUGUACAGGUUUUAUGGUGUCCUGGAAAGUUAUAGUUAAAUAUAGGGCUUGUGAACCAAAUUCUCUGGACUUUCUGCCUGGGUUGUCAGGCAGGUCCCUCAAAUUGCAAUUAAUAAAAGGACUUAUUAAUUGUAGAAUUUAAAUACAUAUGUACAUACAUCAUUUUUUUUAAAUUUUUUAUAGAGAGAUUUGCACUAACAAUGAAACCGCAGUCCAUGAGUGGUUCACUGGCUUUGCAUCUUUUGUUUCAAAGCUGUUGCAUACAGAAAACACAGACUCAAAUGAAUUCAUGUUUAAAAUAGAAUAAGGCAAAAAAAAAUUUUUGUUUAAACUAAUUUGCAUAUGCCCACCCAGAAUCCUUUGCAGUAGUAACAUCACAGCAAAUUUGUGAUUUCUGUGGGAAAAGAAAGUCUUAUGGCUUGACUGGUGUGCAGAUUUUGUUUAACAUUGUAUUAACUAUCGAUAGAUAAUGGAUAGAUAUGUGUGUAGAUAGAUGAACUUCAUUCAAAAUGAUUUAAAUAUAUGUAUAUUAUCUAAAUAGUUAAAGGGACACUAUAGUGACCAGAACUACUACAGCUUAAUCAGCCCUGCUGUUCAGCGUCCCAACGCUCUGCAUAGAGACGCAGAAUUGAGAUGCAUUGUUUCAGUGCAGCUCUGUGAGGAGGUCCUGAUUUCCAAAAAGGCAUUUGGCCCUUUUCUAACCAAUUCAAUGCUUUCCCUAUGGGAAAAUCUGCCCUUUUGCCCUCACGAAAGGGGCAGAGCCGUCACCAGCAGACCUGCGCAGCGCUGGACAUAAGGUGAGUUUUAAACUUUUAUAGGGGAGCUAAGGGGGGGGGCGGGGGGAGGUGGGUUAAACACUAUAUGGUCAGGAAUAUGUUUGUGUUCCUGACACACUAGUGCUCCUUUAAAACAAAUUUAAACGGGGGGGCGUGGCUACCGGCGGAGCAAGAUGGACGUGUAAUCUCUAGCUCCUGCACAUGGGCUCCGAAAAAGGCGUCUCAAAACCCGCAAUAGACGACCCUGACAAACCAAAAACGAACAUGUCACAACCCAAGCAGAAAAGGCAAGCCUCCAAAACCGAAAAACAAAACUUUUUUGGUCAAACUGCCGCGCAAAACAAAUAUACAAACCAGCAGCACCAACAAGAUGGCGGGGAGGAAACACACGACAGCAACCUCCUUACAGACUCUGCCGACCAGACUAUGGAAGAGCCGGUCACCAAGCAAUUUCUUUUGGAACAGCUGGGAGCGUUCUCCAGCAAAAUGAUGGCUGGCUGGGAAAAAGGCCUAUCAAGCCUGAAGAAAGACAUAGGGGAGCUGGGAGCGAGAACCUCCCGCGUGGAGGAGAGGAUAGAGGAAACACAAGAGGCACACAACCACCUAAUAGACCAGGUGAACGCACUGCAAGCCACAGUAUCCACAAUGGAGAACAAGCUCAUGGAUAUUGAAGAUAGGGCGAGGAGGAAUAAUCUACGACUGCGGGGCAUACCAGAAACGGUGGCCCCUGCGGACCUCCAGGCCUACGUGCACGAAUUUUUCCAUGUGCUCUCGCCAGACACACCGCCAGACAUGCUCCUCUUGGAUAGAGUACACAGAAUACCUAAACCUUCACACCUACCACCCUCAGUCCCAAGGGAUGUCAUCCUGUGCGCUCACUACCAUCAUAUUAAAGAAAUAAUCUUAAAACAGAGCAGAACAAAUAAAAAUGCACUUGGCAAAUACGCUGAUAUAAAGAUAUUCCCGGACCUAUCCGCAGCGACGCUGAGAAGGAGGAAAGCCUUCCAACCCAUCACUAUCAUCCUCAGGCAGCACCAAAUAGCUUACCGGUGGGGUUACCCCCUCAAGCUUCUCAUCACCAAAGACGGCGCGACGAAGAUAUUGGCCUCGCCAGAAGACGGUGAAAAGCUCCUCAAGGAAUGGAACUUACCCACACCAAGCAAGCCGACUAGAGAAUCUGCCAUGCUGCAUCGUGAAUGGCGCAAAGUAUAGUAUCAAUAGACUUAUACCAGCCAAUCUGGACUGAUAAUAAGAUAUAACGAGUAGAGGCUGGUAAUGUAUAUAAUGAUCCAAUUGUUUAUGUUUGCUUAUGCUAAUUUUGUUAACCUUGUGACACCUCAACCCGCACAUUUCCAUGGCACAGACAACAACUACACGCACGCCAACGCACACUAGAACCCCGAAUGCCAAAAGUAGACCAAAUCUAGAUCAGAUUUACCCCCUACCUAAUUGAGUAGGCACACCCACCAACCCACACCUAAGACAAAAGGGUUAUGGAUAACCUACUGACCCCAACCUGCUGGAAUUGAAGUGAAGCUGAAUUGCAGACGCAAAGUUAGCUGCACCACAACCUGAAUGCCUAUCUAAGAUUGUACAACUGAAAAAAAAAAAAAAAAAGUUAAUAUUAGUAUUACUCUACUACUGUAUAUUAGAAUCAAACGGAGCAAGAGGUCGGGGGGAAGGUGGGGACACGCUAACCGAAAUACCCCGACACGAAGCACAGCACAGACGCACUAGCAUUCUUAGUACAAGAAGCUGUGGCAGCUUUCCCCAACACACUGUAGCAAUUGCCGGGGUGAUAUAUAAAAUAAAAAAAAAAUAAAAAAAAAAAACAGCACUUGCACUCCCUCUGACCUCGGUACCUAUACUAAGAUAAGGCACCAAACCCAUAAUCAGGGAUACUAGCUUGGCAUGAAUUUCGGGGAAUACGAUAAUACCUAAACAAUGAAGGAGCCCAGGUAGCCUCCUUCGUGAGCAGAAAGUACAUGCUCACCACACCCCAGGUACUACCAAGGAGUACCGAGCCCUACAUCUGGGCAUUGUUGUACAUAGUUGAGUUCUCUACGAGACUCAGGUUUAUACCCCACCUAUCCUUAUCCCUAGUUGCAAACCAUGAGAAGGAUCAAGAACCCACUACACCCAAACCUAUGCAUAUCAAGCAAACAGUCCGCAAGUCGCUCAUCACCAGGCACACACCAUGGCUGGCAUACCGAGGCAGACUAUCACUAAACAUUAUACUGAACUACUCAACAACAGACGAAGAAUUCCAACCUGCCCAACCCCAUAAUGAAAAUAUAUUCACAUAAUGUAAGGGGCCUAAAUACCCCCCAAAAACGCCAAACAUUGCGCACAGAACUGAAAAACCACAACGCGGAUGUGAUCUGCCUCCAAGAAACUCACUUCAAAAGGCAGACAUCUCCUUCCUUGGACCCUUCACAAUUCCCAAACCAAUACCACUCCACACAUAGCCACAAAUCUAGAGGAGUUAGCAUUCUAAUACACAAAUCAGUGGCAUUUGAUCCACUCAAAAUAGUUAAAGACGCCAAUGGGAGAUACCUCAUCCUAAUAUGCAACCUCAAUGAUAUCACAUACACCAUAGUCAAUAUCUACGCACCAAACGACAAUCAAUGGCACUUCCUACAUAAAAUACUGACUAAAGUAAGUACUGUACAACAAGGCAUAGUAAUAUACUGUGGAGACCUAAACCACACCCUAGACCCAGAAAUGGACACUACACUGGACGCAAAAAAACCCAGACUGGCAUCUCUUAGACCGGCCUGCGCCAAACUUAAUAAACUGCUAAUUCAAUUUAACUUAUACGAUGUGUGGCGCACACUACAUCCAGGAGAUAAGGACUACACCUACUACUCCCAAGUGCACAAGACCCACUCUAGGAUAGAUCAUUUUUUCAUGACCAGCACAGGAUUACCACACACGCACCAAUGUACACAUGGAGAUAUUACAUGGUCGGACCACGCCCCAGUGAUACUGACACUCACUGACGCAUUCACAUACAAAGGCAAAGGCUCAUGGAGACUAAACAACUCACUGCUUCACGACCAAGACUUCACCCUCACACUAGACCAAGAACUUAAACAAUACUUUACUACUAACGAGAACCCCCAGACCACGGCCCCGAUUCUGUGGCAAGCACAUAAAUCAGUCGUACGAGGACUGUUGAUCCGCAGAGCAUCAUAUCUCAAUAAACAAAGACGUGCAACACUGAUGAAACUGCUCAUACAAUUAAGAGAUACGACCCAAACUUAUUACCAAACAAAAAAACAGGAUCUCCUAUCGGAAAUCCAAAACAUCACCUCCAAAAUUAAUGACCACCAAUUCCAAAAAACGGCAUACAUUCUGAAAAAAUUCAAAAUGAACCAUUAUGCAAAAGGGAACAAGGCCAGCAAACUGCUGGCCAACAUGCUACGCAAAAAGCAAUCUAACUCCAAGAUUCCAUACAUUCUCUCAAAAAGUAACCAAAAACUAUGGAAUCCACAAGACAUGAAUAGGGAAUUAGUGACCUUCUAUAACACCCUCUACAAUCUAAAAGCAGAUGAAACCCUAUAUCAACCAACUGUCACAGACAUUGAGGGAUACCUACGACAAAUACCACUGCCAACACUGACAGAAGAACAAAAACACAAACUAUCGGAACAGAUCUCGAUAACUGAACUGACGGACACAAUUGCCAGACUACCUACAGGGAAAUCCCCGGGCCCAGACCGAUUCACGAAUCAAUACUACAAAACUUUCGCACCCACACUCGUUCCUUACAUGAAACAAACCUUUCAAUCCAUAAUACACACGGGGACGAUCCCACAGGAAAUGCUCAUAGCCCAUGUAGCCACACUACCCAAACCGGGGAAAUUGCCAGACAAAGGACAGAACUUACGCCCAAUCUCACUUCUUAACACAGAUCUUAAACUGCUGGCGAAAAUAUACUCGAAUAGACUAGCUGCAAUGCUUCCAGACUUGGUCCAUGAAGACCAAGUUGGCUUUAUAAAGGGAAGGCAGGGCACUGACGGUACUAGGAAAGUUUUAGACAUACUAUACAGCAUACACAAACGGAAAACGGGAUGCCUAUUCCUGUCACUUGAUGCCGAAAAGGCUUUUGAUAGGCUGAAUUGGGACUUUCUCAGAGCGACCUUAACGAAGUUCGAAUUCCCACCAGAGUUCAUGAACACAAUACAGGCUUUAUAUAGCAAACCCACCGCUAGACUCAUCAACGCAGGGUUCCUGUCGGAUCCGUUUGAGAUCACAAAUGGGACCAGACAGGGAUGCCCCCUCUCACCCCUCUUAUACGUACUGGCGUUAGAACCUCUCACGACUCUCAUUAGACAACACCCAUUAAUCCUAGGCAUCAAAACACAAAACAAAGAACAUAAACUUACACUAUUCGCGGACGAUGUACUAUUGACGCUACAAGACCCCGAAGCCUCCCUACCACAUUUCCACUCUACACUAGAAAACUAUAGUAAAAUGUCCUAUUACAAACUAAAUAUUUCUAAGACGCAAGCUCUUUGCAAAGGUCUCCCCCCAGAGGUCACUUAUAACCUAAAAAACACCUACACAUACGACUGGAGAACUGACUACAUUACAUUUCUAGGUAUACGGUUCACAAAAUCACACACCGCAUUAUUUAACGCCAAUUAUGGCAAACUCAGUAUAGAAAUAAAGAAACAACUACAAGAAUGGAAAACAUCAUUCAUAUCCUGGUCGGGACGCAUGGUAGCGAUCAAGAUGAUAAUCCUCCCUAAGUUGUUAUACCUUUUCAGAUCACUUAUGAUACAUAUACCCGCCACUUACUUUACCACAAUCCAACGCUGGAUAUCCAGAUUUGUUUGGAAUGACAAAAGGGCACGUAUAGCCCUAAAGGUACUGCAGUUACCGCUCAAAGAAGGGGGUAUGAAUCUGCCAAAUCUUAAACAGUACUACCAUGCAACCGUACUUAGCAGCAUUAUCCAAACACGACCAGGCGCACAAGCACCUCAAUGGAAACAUCUAGAAGCAGAAUGGGCCAAUAAUAUUAGUACUGACAACUUAAUGUGGAUACCGAAACAUACCCGGCCGCAACUACAAGAUUGCCUACCAACCACAACAUUAUCACUAAAAAUAUGGGACGGAGCCCGUCCCCUCCUAACAAAUAACUCAAUCCUUUCCAAAGCCAUGCCACUUAAAUCAAUCGCACACAUUAUCCCGGAUUUUAACUACAGAAUAUGGGAAAGACACGGCAUACAAUUCCUACACCAGAUACUCACCAAUACGGGACUAGCAACCUUCGCCUCAUUACAGGCCUCACAUAAGCUCCCAACGAUAGCACAUUAUUCAUACCGCCAAUUAGACUCAUGGUUGCGCAUACAAAUUCAGGAGAAAACAAUCAACACUCAGACACAAAAGAUGACAGAAUUUGAGGAAAUGUAUAUUAGCCCCACACCGCCCCAGAAAGUCAUAUCCUCUAUCUAUACAACACUACCCACAAAAUGCAAACUGCACGAACACAGAUUUAUCAAAGCGUGGGAAACAGAAACCCACAAACAAUUUACUGAACCGGAAUGGGAACGCAUGAUCCUAACCCCCAAAUCCUUCACGUUAUGCUCAAAACACAUAGAGCUUGCCAAAAAACUCCUAUAUAGAUGGUACCUUACACCCAUACGACUACACAAAUAUAAUCAAUCCCUUCCAACACACUGCUGGAGAUGCAAAUCAGGCACAGGAACAAUGGCACACAUAUGGUGGACCUGCCCAUACCUGCAACAAUACUGGAAAGACAUAUCCAAAAUCAUCACACACAGUACAGGAUGCACCCUACCUCAUAAUUUGGACAACUAUGUGCUCUUCAAUAUCCCAGAGUCGCUACCUAAACCAGAUAGGUACCUCAUCUUCCAUAUAAAUAUAGUAGCCCUAGGCGCUCUAGCACAAAACUGGCUAUCACAAACUAUACCCUCCAUCCCCAUGUGCAUACAACAAAUAAGCCACGCGGGCCACUUUGAAACCACAAUGAGAAGGCAAACCACUUCUCCCAACAAACCACACAAACAGUACCGAAGAUACUGGGAAAUAGCAUGGGAUAAGUGGGAAACAUACAAAAAUGACACAACAGGGAACCUCCCAUCGUGAGCUGAUGUCGUGAAUGACCUCGACCCACACGAGGCCAGAAUACUUGCCAAAGCAUACCCCACCAGACGGGAAUGCCAAAGUAACUGACCACAAGGAGUACGACCACUCCAUACAACACUAGAGGUCCAAAGGUAAACUUGAAGAGCAACCGAAAUAACCCUCAAAUGACUUCAAGCACAUAUCUAGUCCCCAGGGAAAUUAUGGCAAACAAUACCACUGAAGCAUAGGGUCAGGCCCUAGUUCUCUCCCUCUCAUCCACUCCAAGGGUACGGGAAAAGUAUAUAUCCCAAAGGCCAAUGCACGAAUGUCACUGCCUUGCACGGUUCAACAGUAAUUAUGUGUACUCCAACAAUGUAAUUACAGCGACUGUAUAUGAUGACUAACUUGUACACACUCUUUAGGGAAUUGCAACUACCCCCCUCCCCAUCCCUCCCUUCUUUUUUCUGUAUCCUCAUCCCUAAAGAAUGACAAAACAAUAAAAAUUGUCAAAUUUGAAAAAAAAAAAAAACAAAUUUAAACAGUUAUCACAUUUUUUUUAUAUAUAUGUACUAAUCAUUCUAAGUGUAUUUUAAUAAUAUAUAUCAUUAAAAUACAUUUAGAAUAAUGAAUUGUGUAUGUGCAUAUAAACGUACUUGAAUUAUAUAUAGUAUUUUUUAGUAGCCACUUUGUCACAAACACGGGGCAAAAUUAACAUUCCAAUUAGAUUUGUGCAUUUUUCACACUCAAACAAAUAUUAACGCUAACUUUGGCCAGUGUUUGUGGCUACAAAAAGAGACUGGACAUACUCCAUAUCGUAUACCCUAGGUUGUCCACUUUAGAAAAAUAUGUACAUAUGAGGUGUGAUUCAGAGAUUUAUGACAGAUAACGGUGUUACAAUGUCACUAUUGAUAACUGUAAAAAUAUAUAUUUUGAAACAGGAAUGUCCUAAUUGUACUUAUUGCCCUAACACUUUCCACACAAAAAAAAAAAAAGCUAAGGACACUGGAUAUUUCUAAACUCCGGAUCAAAGUACUUUUCACUUUUUUGCAGGCAUGAGGGGGGACAGCCUGAGAGCUCAGGCACUCCCCCUGCACAAGCCGGCUUUUCCGGCCAUGUGAUCGUGAGGACCCUACGAUCACGUGGCCCGGGGGUCCAGAAAAGCUGCAGGGGGGACUGCCUGGAAUGCCAGGCAAGUCCCCCACAUUACGAUCGCCGGUGGGGGUUUGCAAGCGAUCAGGUAAGUGGAUAUUUGGGAUCGGACGUACCAGGUACAUCCAAGGUCAGGAAGGGGUUAAAGGUUAGCAUAAUUUCUUAUUUAACCCUAUUUGUGCCCCUUGUGGCUUUGUUACAGUAAAAAGACAUUUGCGUGUAUUGGCCAACAACACAACAUAUGUAUUCUGUUUUUUGUUUCUUAGACCACAUUUCAGCAGAUCAAGCAAACAGGAGGAGCUCCGGCAGGAAUCAAGGUGUGCACGAGCUAUCUGCUUGCGAGCAGUUAGUUGUGGAGUUAGUGAGACAUGACGACAGCUGGCCUUUCAUGAAACUUGUGUCAAAAAUUCAGGUACCGUGCAUGAUAACAGCGACCAGAAUGUCAGAUUUACAGAAAUGUUAGUUUUUGCACUUAAAAUCUGUAGUAAAGAAAAAUAUUUGUUUUUACAUCCAGUGCUGGUGGUGUUUGCGAAGUUUCUUUUUAAAAAAAAAAAUAUUUUAUUUAUACUAGUGUUAUCUACAUUGUUUAAAGGAACGGUACUUACAACAUCAUCGUUUGGUGGGUGGCUGUGUCUGUGUGUUAGAUGUUUUAAUUUACUAGUUAUCAAACCAAAACACAAAAUCCUUUCAAAAUCAACAUAAACAUACCUGUAAUCAAACAUGAAGACAGACUACUCGCUGCUGUCUGAUCCUCUUAAUGUGAAGUGAUCAAGAUUGUUGACGUUUGUCUAAUCAAAUGUGUUUAAGCUGUCCCCACACACUGAUCCAUUGCUCAUCUAUGAUAAUUACUGUAUCCAAUCUGAGAGCCACUAGUGGCAUGCUUAGUGCUAAAAUAUAAACAGUGUGGUUUCUCAGGAAUGAUAUUGUUCAUCUGCCAGGCUGAUGGGGCUGCAUCUAUGCCCCAAAAGCUGUUCUUUAAAGGGGCAUUAUAGUCACAAUACUAUAAAAACUAUUACAUUUAAAACUACAGCUUAAUGUAAUGGUUCUGGUGCCUACAACCUAUCCCUGCAGGCUUUUCAAUGUAAAUUCUUAGUUUAUAUUCCUAUCUCCGUGCUGCAAUGUGUGCAGUACUGGUGUUGAGCAUCUCCACACUCUUUAUGGAGUCGAUGGACAUUCCCUAUAGAUGCGUCAAUACAAUAGAUCUCUAAGAGUAGAUGCUGUUUAGCAGAGUGCAGCAUUUUUGCUGCAUCUGCGCAAUAGCCUUCUAAUGGGAAAAUGUUAAAAGGGCUGCGAUAAUCAAGAAUGAUCUUAGCCGUGGAGGCGCGGGCCAGACGCAGUGAGACCAAUGUAGGAGAGAAGGUGAUUAAAAACCUUUCAAUGCACAGACAGAGGGGCUGGGAUCUAAACAGCCACACCAGCACUAUAGUGUCAGCAAUACAUUUUUUUUGUAUUGGAUUGUUUAUGUGGCAUUUACACACCACUGAAUUUACCUGAGCCUCGUUUGCAGAUUUGAAAUCACUGUAUCCCUUAGCUUAUGUUUGAACAUAUAUAAUGCAGGUUUUUUUUUUUUUUUUUAUGUAUAAAUCUCAAUUUGUGUAUUUGGGGGUAAUAAAAUAAAAAAACAAUCUUCCCUUACAGGUUCCCGACUACUUUGAUAUUAUCCAGAAACCCAUUGCUCUAAAUGUCAUCCGAGAGAAAGUGAACAAAUGUGAAUACAAAUCUGCAUGUGAGUCCCUUUAAAAAAAAAGUCUUUAAAAAACAAAAUCUUUUCUAGAAAUCUAUGCUUUUCAACUUUACCAUUUUUUAUUUUUUUAUUUAAAUAUAUUUUAUAUACAGAUCAGUGAUAAAAUAUUUCUCAAAUCAAUAUUGAUUAUUAUAUUGUGUUCAGUACUCAGUAGGAAUUUAUGAAAAUGCUCAUUAUUAGCUGUCAGUCUGGACAGAAUGGUCUUCGUGUUGGAGGCUGCAGUUCCUAUCUGUUUUGCUAUUCUUACUAUAUUGUUAGAAGUGUGAUGAACCGUUUUAAGAUUAAGCGUUGUGUAGAUACAAUUUUUAAUUUUUAAAAAAAAAAUUCCUCUCUCAUUCUAUGCAUUAAAAUGAUUCAAAAAGCAUGUGUUUCUCCCAUACAGCCGAAUUUGUGGAAGAUGUCGAGCUGAUGUUUUCCAACUGUUUUGAGUACAACCACUUUAAUAGCAACGAAGCCAGAGCGGGUGUCAGGCUUCAGUCUUUCUUCGCCAACGAAGCCGAAAAACUGGGGCUGGAGGUCUCUUGCAGCAAAACACAGACCCCUCUCCCACCUUCAAAAAGGUCUCGGAUCUGAUACUAAAGCUGGAUUUGCGUUUUCAGGGAAUUUAAUGUCCUGCUGAACAGAAUCUCCAAACAAAUUACAAAUGUAACUCAAACGUCCAAAAAGUGUGACAUACAUGAGUUCCUCUUACUAUCCAGCACUCAGGGGAAAGCAGAAUAAUACUGCAAAACCAGGUCUACACCACAUAAACAUGUUUUAUAGAAUUCUAUAUGUAUAUCAGAUUUGCAACGCACUGUUUUACAAUACUAGAAUAGUUUGAUCGUUUUCCUCUGUUUAUCUAAGGAUAACAUAUCUUUCCAUAUGUACUUUUCUAUUUUGUGUAGUUAUUUUGAUAAGCAGUUGACUGUUAACUAUGGGAAGGGGGAGGCGGGCAGGGACCAAUAAAAGGCCAUACGUUUUCUACCUGAACAACACUACUUGAGUGAAUAAAGUGAGUAUAUAUAUAUAUUUUUUAUUAAUAUUGUUUUGUUUUUCUUUUUCUUUUCUUUUUUUAAUCUGGGCUUCAUCAAUGGAGAGUAUUUCAGAAUGUCUUACAUAGAUAUUUAUUUAGCACUCAAAUGUGUGACUGUUUUGGUAUUUAUAAAGUUUUACCGAACGUAAAAUGGUAGUGAUGUGAAUUUGGUAUCUUUCAAAUCGCACUCAAUUUUUCCUGAAACCUAGAAUAUGGUUCUUCCUUUUUCAUGCAACUUGCUUUUUGUUUUUUUUUGUUUGUUUUUUGGCAGGGAGGGGGGUCCUCUCUCUCUCUCUCUUUGUUCAUGUUCAGAUUCAAGUGUAAAACAAUAAAAUUUGUUUGUUUUUUCCAAAGUUCUUUUUGGGUUUUAUUUUUAUUUUGCUGUUAAAUGUUACUGUAUAUAUUUG